AUUAUAGCUGGGUGUCUGCAAGGCGAGAGUUGACUGUAUUAGUAAAACGUUUUAUAUUACACUUUUUUAUUAGAACUUUGAGAGGACAGUAUGUCUUUUUCUAUAAAUGUACGCUUGGGUUAAUGACAGUAAUAGCUAUGACAUCAAUCAUGUGGUCAUUGUCAGUAGUCCUGACCCAUGAUGACAAUUGAUGAGUGACGGAUGACUGAACUUGACUUGGCCAACACACAGAGCAAAUUUUUGAACUUUCACUAGGCAAAGUUUUAUCACCUUGAUCUUUGAUCACUCCAAAUUUUAGAUGUCAUUUGGUUUCUGGAAAAUUAAGUGGGAAAUAAACAUUUUACAUACUAAAUUGGAAGUCUGUUUUCAUUGGAUCACUCUAAUAUUGAUUGCAAAUAUUUUUAUUCAUGACAAUACUGCUUUUAAUGUUAAAUGUUUGCUGUGCCAUUCUUUUUUUGCCUCGACUAGCUAUCGACAGUGCUUUGAUUUGGAAGGUGAAUAUGGCAUUGUAGUAAGAGGUAUAGGAACUGCCGUCACUCUGGCAAAUGCACUCACAGCAGCUGGUACCUCUCGUCCUUCAACACCUGUUCAUGUGCUGACAUCCUCUGGAGAAGUUGGUCCUGGCAGCAUCGUCUCUGAUUCAGGGUGCAGUAAUUUACUCAAUAUAAUUAUAAUUUAGAAUUGUUGUGUAAUUAUGACAAUAGAGAGAUUUUGAUUCGUGUUUAUGGCACACAGCAUACGGCAAAUUUUUCAAAAUAGGAAAUGAGUAGAUAAAAGCUGUGCAAACUAAUGUCAUUCUUUUAGAUGAAACUCAUGUGAAACUACACUUUUUUGUAGUAAAUAUUUUUGUACAUAUAUAAUGAACAGUAAUCAGUAAAAGGAAAAUCUGGUCACGUGAUACAUAUUGACAUUUGCUCUUUGCCGUAGAGGUAGGAACACACUAUAGGUGACAAGUUGCAGCAACAAUUCGUGGCGAUGGAUCACUCUGUGUGUACAGGCUGGGUGACUAGUUGCAGCAACACAUCACAGCGACAAAUUGCUUCGUGAGUCCUGGAGAAUUUUUGUGAAAAUCUUUGUCUCUGCAAAUGAAUUUUCUUGCUGCAACAAGUUGCACCAAUUCUGUCUGAGUUGAUUUUUUGUGACAUGUUGCACCAACAAAAUUCUGUUGUGGAGUCAAAGAUUUUCACAAAAAUUCUCCACUACACACGGAAGGAAUUGUCGCUGCAACAUGUCACUGUAAUAUGUUACUGCAACUUGUCGCCUAGUGUGCACCAACCUUGAGUGUGAUUCUAAAUCUCUCUAAUAAUGGAACACUGGUGAUAACAGUGGAAAAACAAAUUAUUAGCAACAAAAUUACGUAUUAUUGCUAAUAAUAAUUUAUUACUAUCAAGGCUGCUGAGUAAGAAAAUUUUUUGGGAGCCCUCCAGGCUCCUAAAAUAAAAAGUCUGAGCCGUGUAACGUUUCUAAGGUUAGGGAAAAAGUCAUGAUGUUAAUACUGAAGGUGUUUCUAAGACUAUUAAAUUCAUUUGAGGCCAUUUUCAGAUGAGAUACUUCAACUGCACUGCAACGGAAGUCACCAAAGCAAAUUUCAAGACAAGUGCUUGUUUGUUUACCUUUUAAUUAUUCCCAAAAAUAUUUUUUGUCUACGGUGGAUGACCAUAUGUUUUCCGUUUUCGUUUCAAAAGCACAGAAUGAGUACCGAAUUUUGACGUUCAUUCACCUGAAGUUGACUUGGAAAUAAUAAGUUUUAGGCAUCCAUUCGGGCUCCUUGUUUAAAAUUUUGGUCACUCGCGGGCAAAUUGUAGGCACCUUUGGUGACCGGGCACCCGUUAGGCAGCAGCCUUGAUUAUUAUUGUUUAAACAACCAUAAUGGCAAUGAUAGUGAAAACCUCUGUGCAUUAAAUUGAAUAUUUCGUCCACAGAUUUAACUUUCCAGACACUGUACAGUCCUUGCCAGUUCCACCCAGUAAAAUUAUGGCUCCAAGUUCUCGUAGACGAGUUUCAUCAUCUGACUCUGAUCCUGGAUCAGAAUCUCCUCCCAAAGGUAAACUGCUAUAAAGAUUGUGUUUACGCUUGGUGCUUUGGCAGUGCCUGAGUGUCACACUCACUGUUUUCUUAUGUGAACACACCCCUUUUGAAGUAGUGCAUGCCAGGGUUGGGGCAUGGUUGCAGCGUCCAAGGACGGUGUUGAGAACUCUUUAACUGCGAUGAUCUUCCCUGCAUUAUUUCUUCAUUAUUCUGCAUUUCCUAUGUCUAAAAAUUCAUACCUGGUAUAUUCAUUAUUUCACCUUCAUUUUUCUGGUCUAUAUACGAACCAAUUUAAUAAUCAGCUCCCAGUUGUCUUGGUAGCUCAUUUGGUUAGAGCGCUGCACCAGUAUUGCAGAAGUCAGGGUUCAAGUCCUGGCAAGGCUGAAUUUUUUGCAGGCCUUCUUGUCGCACUUCAAUGGGUUACGUCUUUAACCGCGGUGAUCGUCUUUGCAUUUAUUUCAGUCAUUGCCAGCCAGUAACUGCCAGUGUUGGCUCGACCAUCAUAAUCUCUGGAUCUUGUUCUUUCUUCUUUUUUCAGAUCGGGUGACUUUGUUAGCCAGCAGUGUUGGAGUAGACAGUGGUAGUGGCAGUGCUAGUGGUACUCCUUUUCCCAAAGCCAAAGUUUGGCAAGUCACCCAGAAACAGAAGACAGUUGAUGACUUAGUAAGUGUUGUAAUUAAUUGUCAAUGUCAAAGCUUAACUAGUGUGUUUCUGCGAAACAGGAAUGAUGUGAUUUACGGCCAAAAAAAGUGCGAAUCGUGAAUAAAUCACACUGCUGGGAGCAAUUGCAUCUUGUUCACUGUAAGGUUCAAAGUAAGGCUACUGACAUAAGUUGAGCUUAAAAAACGAUACUAUUCUCUAUUAAAUAUCGUAGACGUAUCAAUAGUUUGUAAACUGUUGUGAAAAAAUCGCCGAAAGCGUGUUAGUUUAGUUUUGUGGAGUGUGUUAGAGUUAUGAGAAUAAACGCUUCUCUCUUUUAAAGACCUCUUACUUAUCUAUUUGAUCUAUUUGACUAUUUUACUAAAAUUAAAUAGACGUCCAUGGCGCCUGUGAGAUCGAUCAUUUACGGUAUGUCUUCCAGAGAUUACCAUGUUUUAUCUUUAAUAUUUUUUUAAUUUCAGGAGUUUCCAUUUUUUACUAUCACGAAGUUUCCUCCUGGAUUUUUAAGACACAUCGGAGGUGUUGUAACAGCAAGAUCUGUCAAACUAUUGGACAAAAUCAAUCAUCCAGGUAUUAAUUGAGUGAGAGUCCAAGUUUUCCAUAUGUGAUGAAACUGUAGCACUAUGCUAAGAGGGUCUUCUAAGAAGUUAACCCUUUCACUGCGAGAGUGUUUGAUAGAGUUUUGUAAGGUGACUCUAACUUUUGAGUCUGAGGACGAAAUCCUAUGAUGUGACCAAUCAAAUGAAAGCUCUCUGCCUGUUCUUUCACAUGAUACUAUUUAUUGCUCAAAAUUUUGGAGAACGAAAUUUGGAAAUUUGGUCGAAAUUUGCCUUUGGCCAAGUUUGGCAGUGAAAGGGUUAAAGAAACUCAUGAGGUUCCUCACCACAAGAAGGUUGAAAAAUUGGCUCGGUUCCAGUUAGCUCCGUACAAAGACCAUUAAAACCUAGUAGAAUCCAUAGCCAACGCUUAAAAUUGGUGAACGUUGAAUGCACUAUACGGGUACAAUGCCAACAAUCUUUCAAAAGACCUAAUGUCACUUCCAAUCAUACAUCCAACCUCGUUCCCAGGUUCUCUCUCCUAGAGAACCCUGGGAACGAGGUUGUCAUACAUCACGGUUAAACAUGAAUCUUGAGACAACAAAUACAGGCCGUCAAUCAAAUAACUGCAAGUAUGUUACCAUGUAAACAGGAUUUUUAGGAAUGAAGGCUAUAAUUACACUAACUACACCAACUACAGCAACUGAUCAGUUCACCUACCUUUCCAGCUGUGUCUUUUUAUUACCAUUUUGAUUUAUUCGGCGGCAUUUUAACCAAAUUUUUAGAUAAGCAACGGUCAAUUUUCCUUUCUCUUCUUUACUAAAGCUAGCACAAGGAAUGUCCUCUGGAGUAAGAUCGACUUGAUAGUCCGCCAUGUUAGUUAUUUUAAAUUUGUCUCGAGGGCUAUUAAGCCUCACUUCCACGCAACUUCCGUUUUUUUCUGGAAUCGGAGUAUUCGCUAUUUUUUUUUCUUUACUGGAAGUUUCGUGUUUACAAGUGAGAGCCUCUCAUUAUUCAUUUGAAAUAUGCACAAAUGCUAGCUAUUGUUGACCACGAAAAUAUGAAACUUGGAGACAAUACCCUGAAUAAAGACAGGCUCUCACUUGUCUUACAAUAUAUCAAAAAUCUUGAAACUCAAAGGUCAUAUGAAAGGACGGUUAAUCUCAAGAAUCUCAAAUUUUUGAAAAAAUCUAUCGAGCGGUUUAAAAAUUAUUUGCUAGUUUGUUAAAGUAGAGCAAAUGUUUGCAAAACCGCUAACAAGAGCGCCUCGAUACAUACUAAUCAAAUCCUUCUUUCUAGCAAUCAGCUAGAGCUAUCUCCAUGAUCUUUCACGCACGUUUUUAAAAAGAUUGAAACUUCUAUGAGGUGAAAUUGUAUGUCAAGAGCGCUUCGUUUUCUACAGAUAACGGCCGAACGUCAAGAUUGUCCAUUUUUUACUGUAUUUUUAACCACAAAAACUUUAUCCCUAAAAUAUCUCAAUAACGCUUUGACAGAUUUCUCUUAAACUUAACGAACAUCAAGGCCUCUAUUGGAGAAAAAAGCUCUCGUGAACGAUUUUGGAAGAACAGUUCCUAGUUCCGAGAAAUACGGCUGCAAGUAAAAUAAGUCAUGGGGUCAUUUCGUUGCUAUGACAACUCCGUUGUCCAUGUAACCCUGAUCAUUUCAAAUUUUCAUCUUUAUCUAAUACAGCUGUGGUGGUAAUUUUUCCAAAUCUUUGUUAACGGUGACGUAGUUUACUCAAACUUGGGAGGUAUUGACGCUAAAAAACCCUAUCGAGCCACCUUAAUACAGCUUGGGUUUCUCUUAUUUUGUGUCAGAUGAACCGGAAACAAGGGACGCUUGGUGGAGUGAAGUCAGAAUGGAGAUUCGAUCCCACGCCAGGGCUCUUGGCUGCCAUGCAGUCAUAGGAUAUUAUGAAAUUACAAGCAUAUGGUAAGUGUAAUUUGUUUUAAAACUUUUUAUUGUAUAGAGACUGAUGAAUUAAAUACCAGGAAUUUUCCUUUUACCAAAAAAUCAUAUCCUCAUCGCGCAGUGAAGAUACUAUUUUUAUCUUUCACGUGUGAGGAUAUUGGUGUCGCCAUGGUUACUAACAUGAUUAGCCAAUUACAAGAGAGAUUUUUGACUUUUUGGAACAGAAAAUAUAAGUAUUAUUGUCUUUAUUUCUCCUUUAUAACUUUAUAUCCGAGUUUCAUAACAUUUUUGUGACAAGCAUUUUGCGAUAGGUGACCUCUUUAAUUGCACUAUUUUGCUGUUUCGAAAAUGAAUAAAGAAAAAGUUAAUAAUAGCAAUAAUAAUUUAUGAACUUAUUGUGCGCAGCUUAACAUGAGAAUGAUCAGCUGCGCAUUACAACUACAUUACUUAAAAGAAACAAAUAAAAGAUAAUGCAUUAAAAAAAAAUAAAAUAAAAUAAAUAAAAAAUAAAAAGAAUAUAUAUGCAUGCAAGUAAGAAGUGAAUAUAAAAUUGCUCACCAAUAUAAAGUUUUAAAAAGAUAAGUCUUAAUAUGCGCCUUAAAACUGUUCACAUUAGUAAUCGCACGAAGUUCUUUUGGAAGAGAGUUCCAGAGCCUUGGCGCUGCUACCAUAAAAGCUCUAUCACCUAACGUCUUCGAUCGAGCAGCUGGCAUAGAAAGUAAAAUACUAUCUGAAGAUCUAAAGUUGUAUAAGGACGAUUUAAAUGUUAGUAAAUCGCAAAGAUAUUUAGGAGCAAGGCCGUGAAUUGCUUUGAACGUAAUAAGCGGUAUCUUAAAUUCUAUCCGGGCUUUAACAGGAAGCUAAUGCAGACCACGAAGAAGGGGUGAGAUGUGGCAAAACCUAGGGGCAUUACAAACUAGCCUAGCUGAGGCAUUCAAAACUCUCUGCAAUUUGUUAAGCUGGUAGUUGGGCAGCCCAUACAAAAGACUGUUACAAUAAUCAACACGAGAUGUAAUAAAUGCAUGGACAAGCAUUUCCGUUGAUUCUCGAGGCAAAUAGUUGCGAAUGCGUUUGAUAUUAUGCAAAUGGUAAAAGGCAACACCACAUAACUUGCUAAUAUGAGUUGACAUAGUGAGCUGCUCAUCAAACCAUGAGCCUAGGUUUCUUGCUACUGUUACAGGACAGACAUCAGUCGACCCAACCCUAAUGCAAUCGAUGUUAACCUUGGCCAGCUGCUGCCUAGUACCUAUAAUUAAAAAUUCUGUUUUAUCAUCGUUUAACAUAAGAUUAUCUGAAAUCAUGCAACUCCUAAUGUCACUGAUACAGUCAGUCAUGGACUUGAUGGCAAAAUCAGCAUUCGCAGAUCGAUUGGGGCUGAAUGAUACAUACAACUGUGUAUCGUCCGCGUAGCAGUGAACUUGUGGGAGGUGGCGUUCAACGAUCUGAAACAGUUUGCGCGUGUAGAAAGUGAAAAGCAAGGGGCCCAAACAUGAUCCUAGAGGAACACCUUGUUUUAAAGGAAACUGAUCUGAGAGACCACCAUUUACAGAGACACGCUGGAACCUGUCGGAUAGAUACGAUUUAAACCAGGCAAGCGCAUUGUCAGUUAUUCCCAAAUCAGACUCAAGACGACCAAUCAGCUUUUCAUGAUGUAUCGUGUCAAAAGCUGCACUUAAAUCUAAUAAUACAAGCAAGGUGACAUGUUGCUCAUCCAUAGACAUCAAAAUAUCAUUUUUAACUUUAAGUAAGGCCGUCUCCGUGCUGUGUUGCUGUUUAUACGCCGAUUGAAGCAGAGAAUGUAAAUUGUUGGCAGUCAGAUGCUCCAUAAACUGCUCAGCUUCAGCCCUCUCUGACAAUUUAGAAAUAUAAGAGAGGUUACUGACUGGACGGAAAUUUUUGAACGCAAAGUCCAAACCAGGCUUCUUGAGAGAUGGUAACACAAGCGCCUCUUUCCAGGCCUCAGCAAAUCGACCGGUUUCAAAAGAGAGGUUGAUCAGCUUAGUGAUAACUGGCAAUAGAACAUCCAGCAACUUGAGAACAAUCGGAGUGGGAAUGGAGUCGAGUUGACAAGAUUUACCCGCUGCACUACUUAUCAACGUGCGCACUUGUUCUUGAGAGAGAGUCCUGAAACCGGUAAACUGUUCUUUCAGGCAAGUAAUGUUAGUAGCAGGUAGAGAUGGUACGGAUGGUGUAGAUAAAUUAGCCAAAGACGCGUUUAUAUUCGCAGUCUUCUGUGCAAAGAAAUUUCCAAAAUCAUUGGCAAGCUGAACAGUGUCAACACGAGGAAACGAUGCAGUGUUGGUGUCACACAACAGGGACUUUGUAACAUUAAACAGUUUUCUCUGAUCAGAACUGUUUUGCUGGAUAUGAUUGGUGUAAUAAUCACAGCGAGCUUGGUUCAUCAAGUCUAUUGCAUGGUUUUUCUUCUUUUUGAAAACACUUAGAUCCUGUGCUGAUUUAGAAUAGCGCCAUUUCCUCUCAGCUCUCCGCCUAGCCUUAAUAGCAUCCUUAAUUUAGUGGUUAAACUAAGGCACACGCUUCCUAUUAGCAACAGACUUAGUUCUCAGGGGGGCAUAUUUAUCAAGUAACGACGACAGUGUGGAGUUGUAGCAGGAGACCAUCAUAUCCAAAUCCGUAAAAACAUUGGUACACAAUUCAGACGUCGUUAAAUCAGCUCUGAGUGCAUCCUUGUCAAUAGAUUUUAGCUGCCUGUAACUGGGGCUUUAAUUUUAUCUUCUCGUGCUGAAAGUAUCUCUCACGAGUGAGCGAAGCGAACUUUCAUACUAUACUUUCAGCACUCGAAGAUAAAAUUCGUAUCCCCGCUCGGCCAUGUAAUAUCCUCUAUAUAUUUUCCUCUGUUUAUUGACUUAUUAAAUUCGCCUUUUUUCUACGACUUAAAGUGCGACUACUACAACAGGGGCCUUUUAGACAAAGUUGACCAAUCGGAUAACAGGAAAAAAAAAACAAUACAUUCCGAGAAAGCUUGUUUAGCGGAAGAAAAUAAAAAAUACUCGAAGCACAAAAUUUGAAUAUUGGUAGCAAAUGUUUUCAAGAAAGCAAAAUUUAUCAUUAGUUUUUUUUGUUUGAAAUUUGAAAUUGAACCCCCAGGAGACAAACCGUUUUUUGUCACAAGUAGUUACGUUGUCAUCUACCAGCUUUUCUUCUCUAACACUGCCGCAUUUUGCAAUAACACGCGUCCUCAAUGUUAAAAAAAGCUAAGUGAACGUUUAUUUUUUUCACCUCCGUCAAUCACUUUAACGAACCUCUCGAUUAGCGGUUUAUCGAUCAAUUACGCCUACUUGGUAGCCUCUGUAUGUGAAUUUUCCUGUAAGCUGCCGUGAAUACACGCCUCACGAUGUAGUCUUUUCUUUUGUUUCAAGGCUCUUUAAAGCUGAUACCGUCGUAGACGAUUGAAUGACUGCUGAUAAUUAAGACAGAAUAAGAAAUUUAGAAAUUUGUGGAGAUCAAUGUCAAGUCAAAGUUGUUCCACAACAUUAUUUUCUUGCUGAGGCAGUUCGUUUCUGUUGGCCGGAUUGUCAUUGUUGAUCAUAUUUCCUUUCUCAUCUUCUUCAGCUUUAUUACCGACCACAGGUCCAACCGCGUUGGUCGCUCCAAAAAAUCGCAUUUCUAUUUGUUCAGCCUGGGCAAUGUUAACUGUUCUAAAUAAUAACUCGAUAAAAGCGAUUCGAAACUGUCUGAUUCUUACUGAAUAGAUGAUUGGGUUGAGCAAUGAGUUCAUGAAAACUAUUGAGACAGAACAAGAGUGAAGCAAAUACCUUGCCUCCGUUUUUAAUUCUGUGCCCAACCUCGUCAACACCAGUGCAGAAAUGAACCCAGGGAGGAAACACAAUAAUAACACAGCAAGAAUGAUGGACGUCAGUUUAAAAGCCUUCCUGUCUCUCUCAAAUUGCUGCCUUGUCUCUUGGGUAACUUGCUGCGACGCCAGUUGUUUUUCAUGUCUGCGAGUUUCGCUGUAAACCGUUAUAUGGCAGUAAACUAUUAAGCCAAUCGAUAAAAUAAUGAAUAUUGAAUUUGUGCGCGAAAUGAGAAUUAUGUCAAGGACUGAAAGAACUCGCUGAAAGACGGAUAGGAGCCAUAUGAGAACCGAGGCAAUCAGUAAACGACCUUCGGUGACGAGGGUUAUGUAGGCGAAAGGAUGCUUCAUAGCGAGGUAUCGUUCUCCGCUUAGCAAAACCAUGUGUAACAGCGAAGCGCUAACUAAAAAAAUCAUCACUGGUCUGAGAAAUCGCCAUGCACAAUAUGCCGAGGGCGGGUUAAGGUAGAAUAUUAUUGAAACUAUCGUGAAGGAAGGUUGAGCUAGAAUCCCUACGGAGAAGUCAUUUAAGGCUAAGAGCGCCAGUAAAACAUUUGAUUUGUGGUCUCUCAGACGCGAUUUCAUCUUCACAGAGAUCAUCACCAGUGCGUUCCGAACUGCAGUGAGAGGAAAGGUGAGAAUGUUGGCGACGAUAAGGAAAAUAAGAAAAGCUUGGCCCGAAGGGGAAAUCUGUUGUAGACUUUUGGCCAACAACAGGUCAGUGACCGGGUGAGCCUUACAUCCAGCAGGGGUACUGUAGGUGGAAUUCAUCGCCUAUAAGACCACGACAGUUUUCUGUGACUUACAACGUAGAAAGUGUUUCGCGAAAUAUGUUUGUGUAAUCAGCAACAAUACCCUGACUUCCCAUAUAUACACCUGGCAUUUUGAGUUUUUUCGUUUACUACUCUUAAAAUCUGCAUUUUUAAUGACAUUGGUUAUUCGAUUAUUUGCCGACAUAAAUUGAUAACCUUAUCAUGAAAUCUCAUAAAAUAAUGAACUGGAUAAUUCACUAAUGAAUGCCUUCAAAAUCCUCCACCACCGCUUUGUUUUAACAACUCCCACUUAGCCUAAUAAUUAGCGACCACCACAACCUUUUGCUUGUCAAAAUUGUCAGGACUAAAAAAGUUUCUUCUCAAAUGUUCGCGUCUACUGCGUUCUUCUCUAAGUUGAUUUCCUCAUAAAUGGGAAAUAAAACAAACUGUUGUACUUACCGUUUUGUAUAGAAAUAUUAUACAGCUGAAUAUAAUAAGAGGAACUUUGCUUCUCUUAGACUAUGAUAAAAAGCAAUAUAAUUGAGAUCAGACAGCUGGUGUUAAAAAUUUGCUGAAUACGGAGAUCGAAGUUUAAAAAGAUAAAACGGCGUAAUUGGGAAAAUUCGUUAACCGAAACAGCGGUAAGAAUGGAGGAACAUGAAACAGUGUUCAGAAAUCAGAUUCAAAUAUUGACGACCAAAUGAUGUUUGGAAUAGAUUGACUGUUGUUAUUGAAGUUUGUACAAUUAACAGCUAAAAAAGGAAAAAGGCGAGCUUGCUAAAUAGUGACAUGUGGAACAUGUGAAAAGGAAAAUUUUAUAUUUUUAGAUUGUUAACCUACCAGCAUUUCUCCAUUUCACGUAGAUAAAAAGUUUUUUUUUUAAUCGUGACUAAGCGUACUUUGGCAACUAUUUCAAACGAUAAUACAGUGAAUUUGAAAUAAAUUUGAAACUUAUUUUUUGUUCUUUUUGUUGUCUACUCUCGAUUUUUCUUGAAUUUCAAGGGAGGUAUUUGAACUUACACUGAUUAUAUACUAUUUGGAAAGUAUAUUUUCAAAUUUUUUUCCAAAUUGAGAUAAUUUUUCUUCGUAAUUUUCUGAUAAUACCGCUCUCCGAACUUAUCGUGCACUUUAGUAAAAUUUGUCUUUACAAAAGAUUAGUCCCAUAAAACGGAAAGCUUCGUAUGUUGACUAGAAUAGACAUAAAAGGCGAAAUUGAAUCACCAGACGAAAGGAAAGAAAAGAAAAGAAAUGCAGGAAAAUUAUUGACUUAGCACUAGAGCGGAAAAAACGCGAUGAAAUCAGAAGCAGGAGCUUUGAAAAAUAAAUGAAUUAUAGAGCUUGUAUAUGACAGAAAACCUGUUUCGGUGUGCUUGGCUUGUCAGACCCAAAUUCAUUACGAACAAAUUAUUACUAUUUUAUAUUAGCCAUAAACAAAUUCCCUCCCUUAAAAACACUGAGUGCAGCAAUAAAUUUCCGCUGUGUUUAAGUACAUGGAAGUCAGCACAAAGACCUAGCUCAUCAAAAACGAAGUUUUCCGGUUUUUCGGUUUGGUAGAUUAUAGACAUUGUUUGCGGGCUUGAUGUGGGUCACUUAUGAAAAAAAUCUCUCCACGACUUCCCCAAACUGAACUCCUUCAUUUAACAUCAAGCCUUAUUGUUUUCCUGGAGCCAUUUUACGGAUUAGUGUCUCCUCUUUUUAAAUCCAGCAUACGCUGAGUAUAAGUUUUAUAAUUCGAGAGUUAGGCGUGCUGCAAAACAUUGGAUUAUAAACAGUUUUUAAAAACGUCAGUAUCAUGGUCUCAAACGAAACAGAAACGGCGAGCGUCCUUUCAGACACAACCAGAUAUGUGUUUUAUUGCCCAUGCGAACCACGCUUUUGUUUGGGAUUUACUUGACAGUUCCUUGGGUUUUUGCCACUGUCGCAUCUAUAAUCUCUCCAACUGCGGUUCUUUUAAACGCGCUAAUAAUCAUAGUAGUAAAACGAAGGAAAGAACUGCAUAGAGCUUCCAAUGUCUUACUAUCAAGUACGGCCUGUACAGAUUAUCUAGGAGGACGUUACUGGGCCAAAUAUAGUUUAAACGUAGUUUAGCCAGUGUUUAACAAAACCGCGUUUUAAGUCAUUUCAAUUUGCCCAACGAUUGUAUCUAAACAUCAUUUAUUGUGAACAGUUUUAUGAAAGCAUAUAGAGAAGACUAAAAAAAGCAUUUAUCUUCUUAAAGCAACCCACCAAAGAAAAGAUCUGGAGGUUCAAAGAUUCGUUAAACCGCGGCUUAAGUUGGACUUUGUUUAAAUAUUUGGUCCUAUGUGUACCGUUAUCUGCUGUCGUUCAGCUCUUCAGUCAGUAUUUGAUAAGAAACUAGUGUAGUCUCUUAUCCAGUACUGGACGACGAUCACUCUUUCGAUCUGUUCGAUUUUCCAGCUAACAAUGAUUGCGUGGGAUAGGUUUGUGGCCAUUCGAAAAUGGAUUGCCUACAAAGUGAUUGUGACUAAAAGCCGCCUAAAAAGCUGGCUCUAAUAACUUGGCUAUCAGCAAUAGCAACUAACUCCGCUACCCUUUAUUGUGAUUACGGGAAUCAUGGGUGAAAAUGCAAUGAUUUUAGCGGUGGAGAUUUUCAUCAUCGUUCUGUCAGUGUUGGUAAUGUCUGCAUGCCCUAGCUCUUAUCAUACCAUAAAAUUCCGAAAAUAAGCCCCGGGGCUGAUAUUUUCAAAGGCCCUUUUUUAGGGGUUUACUUUUGGAGGGGCUUGCGUACGGAAGAAAACUUGUGUUUCAAAAUCGAUUGUGCUAGCUUGUAGUGGGGAGGAAAUUUACCAUUUUUGCUUUGUUUUUACUUUGUAUUCGAGGGCAAAUUUCAAGGACAAGCCCCCUCGGGUGCGCUCAUAUUCGGAGGGGCGAUUUAACGGAGGGUUUUUGCGUUACGAUUUGGGAGGGCUUAUAUUUGGAGGGGCUUGUACUUGGAGGGGCUUAUUUUCGGAAUUUUACGGUAUAUUUUCACGUCAGGGUGAAACUUGGAGUUCGAAAACGUAAAUUAAGUCAAAUUCGCCAAGUCAGCGAGUUAAUGAACGAGAAACUUGGACACAGAAUAGCUAUGAACACUGCUUUAGUUACGAUUGUCCUGAUUCUUUCCUUCUGAGCCCUUUCACAAUGAUAAAUAUCCUUUAAAGUGAAGAUAAAAAAGAACAUACUAAUCCGCAGCUUUUCUCUUAUGUUAUACCAUGUUUUAGUGCGCUUGUCCGGAAACUGGUCAUCUACAGACUUUCAGAAAAGUUCUUCGUCCGAUUGAAUAUGGCGCGGGACCUUUCCGUGACUUCGUCGCUCGGUGGGCCGCUUCGCGGCCUUAAAAGCUCACUCUACUCGCUAAGAAACCCGUGCGGUCGACUUGUAGCAAAUCUAGGUCAUCCAUUGAGCGAAAAAUUAAACAUUGAAGGAAGGUUAACAACAACACAGCCAAGAAAAUAGUUAACUUUAACCCAAGAUUAAGUCCAAUUUUAUGCGCUGUCUUCUUUUACUGGAAUAUGUAACUCAGUCAAGCCUUACAAAAUGCUGUUGCAUGAGCCUUUACUCUUAGAUACAGUUAUGAUAACAAAAAAUGUUACUCUAAGCAAUCUAUAGGAAGGUAAAUACAAAAAGUGGAACAAAAUUCUAAUCCUGGAUUCGUCCUAAUUGGCCUUUCAGGAACCGGGUCCAUAUCACAGACAAACCUGAAGAUGAUUAAAACUGAUCGCAAUGGGAGUUUAGCUGUUCAGCUUUACAGUUUUAUGAUAUUUUUUUUCCUCUGUGAUUUGAAGUUUUUUUCCUGUAAGCGGCCGUGAACACACGCCUCACGAUGUAGUCUUUUCGUUUGUUUUAAGGCUCUUUAAAGCUGAUACCAUAGUAAACGAUUGAAUGACUGCUAAUAAUUAAGGCCGAAUAAGAAAUUUAGAAAUUUAUGGAAAUCAAUAUCAAGUCAAAGUUAAGUUUUAGUUGUUGUUUAGUUGUUCCACAACAUUAUUUUCUUGCUGAGGCAGUUCGUUUCUGUUGGCCGGAUUGUCAUUGUUGAUCAUCAUCCUUGCUCAUCUUCUUCAGGUGUAUUACCGACCACAGGUCCAACCGCGUUGGUCGCUCCAAAAAAUCGCAUUUCUAUUUGUUCAGCCUGGGCAAUGUUAACAGUUCUAAAUAAUAACUCGAUAAAAGCGACUCGAAACUGCCUGAUUCUUACUGAAUAGAUGAUUGGGUUGAGCAGCGAGUUCAUGAAAAGUAUUGAGACAGAAAAAGAGUAAAGCAAAUACCUUGCUUCCGUUGAAACUUCUGUGCCCAACCUCGUAAACACCAGUGUAGAAAUGAACCCAGGGAGGAAACACAGUAAUAACACAGCAAGAAUGAUGGAGGUCAGUUUAAAAGCCUUCCUAUCUCUCUCAAAUUGCUGCCUUGUCUCUUGGGUAACUUGCUGCGACGCCAGUUGUUUUUCAUGUCUGCGAGUUUCGCUGUAAACCGUUAUAUGGCAGUAAACUAUUAAGCCAAUCGAUAGAAUAAUGAAUAUUGAAUUUGUGCGCGAAAUGAGAAUUAUGUCAAGGACUGAAAGAACUCGCUGAAAGACGGAUAGGAGCCAUAUGAGAACCGAGGCAAUCAGUAAACGACUUUCGGUGACGAGGGUUAUGUAGGCGAAAGGAUGCUUCAUAGCGAGGUAUCGUUCUCCGCUUAGCAAAACCAUGUGUAACAGCGAAGCGCUAACUAAAAAAAUCAUCACUGGUCUGAGAAAUCGCCAUACACAGUAUGCCGAAGGCGGGUUAACGAAGAAUAUUAUUGAAACUAUCGUGAAGGAAGGUUGAGCUACAAUCCCUACGGAGAAAUCAUUUAAAGCUAAGAGCGCCAGUAAAACAUUUGAUUUGUGGUCUCUUAGACGGGAUUUCAUCUUCACAGAGAUCAUCACCAGUGCGUUCAGAACUGCAGUGAGAGGAAAGGUGAGAAUGUUGACGACGAUAAGGAAAAUAAGAAAAGCUUGGCCCGAAGGGGAAAUCUGUUGUAGACUUUUGGCCAACAACAGGUCAGUGACCGGGUGAGCCUUACAUCCAGCAGGGGUACUGUAGUUGGAAUUCAUCGCCUAUAAGAUCUCGACAGUUUUCUGUGACUUACAACGUAGAAAGUGUCUCGCGAAAUAUGUUGGUGUCGUCAGCAAAAACACUCUGACUCCCCAUAUAUACACCUGGCAUUUUGAGUUUUUUCGUUUACUGCUCUUAAAAUCUGCAUUUUUAAUGACAUGGGUCAUUCGAUUAUUUGCCGACAUAAAUUGAUAACCUUAUCAUGAAAUCUCAUAAAAUAAUGAACUGGAUAAUUCACUAAUGAAUGCCUUCAAAAUCCUUCAUCCCCGUUUUGUUUUAACAACCCCCACUUAGCCUAAGAAUUAGCGACCACCACAUCCUUUUGCUUGUCAAAAUAUAUACAGGACUAAAAAAAAAAAUUUUCUCAAAUGUCCCCGUUUACUGCGUUCUUCUCUAAGUUAAUUUUCUCAUGAAUGGGAAAUAAAAUAAACUGUCGUACUUAUCGUUUUAUGUAAAAAUAUUACACAGCUGAGGAAAUAAUAUGUAUUGCUAUCAAGUAUGGCCUUUACAGAUUAUCUAGUAGGAAGUUUGUGGGCCAAAUAUUUAAACGUAGUUUAGCCAGUGUUUAACAAAACCGCGCUUUAAGUCAUUUCAAUUUGCCCAACUGUUUUGUCUCUAAACAUCAUUUAUUGUGAACUGUUUUAUGAAAGCAUAUAGAGAAGACUUAAAAAAGCAUUUAUCUUCUUAAAACAACCCACCAAAGAAAAGAUCUGGAGGUUCAAAGAUUCGUUAAACCGCGGCUUAAGUUGGACUUUGUUUAAAUAUUUGGUCCUAUGUGUACCGUUAUCUGCUGUCGUUCAGCUCUUCAGUCAGUAUUUGAUAAGAAAAUAGUACUGGCUGACGAUCACUCUUUCGAUUUGUUCGAUUUUCCAGCUGACAAUGGUUGCGUGGGAUAGGUUUGUGGCCAUUCGAAAGUGGAUUGCCUACAAAGUGAUUGUGACUAAAAGCCGCCUUAAAAGCUGGCUGUAAUAACUUGGCUAUCAGCAAUAGUAACUGUAACUCCCCUAUCCUUUAUUGUGAUUACGGGGAUCUUGAGUGAAAUGUGACGAUUUUAGCGGUGGAGAUUUUCAUCAUCGUUCUGUUAGUGUUGGUAAUGUCUACCCUAGCUCUUAUCAUAUAUUUUUACGUCAUGGUGAAACUUGGAGUUCGAAAACGUAAAUUAAGUCAAAUUCGCCAAGUCAGCGAGUUAGUGGACGAGAAACUUGGACACAGAGUAGCUAUGAACACUGCUUUAGUUACGAUUGCCCUGAUUCCUUCCUUUUGAGCCCUUUCACAAUGAUAAAUAUCCUUUAAAGUGAAGAUAAAAAAGAACAUACUAAUCCGCAGCUUUUCUCUUCUGUUAUACCAUGUUUUAGUGCGCUUGUCCGGAAACUGGUCAUCUACAGACUUUCAGAAAAGUCCUUCCUUCCGAUCGAUUUAUUAUGGCGCGGGAACUUUCGUGACUUCAUCGCUCGCUUGUCCGCUUCGCAGCCUAAAAAGCUCGCUCUGCUCGCUAAGAAACCCGUGCGGUCGACUUGUAGCAAAUCUAGGUCAUCCAUUGAGCGAAAAAUUAAACAUUGAAGGAAGGUUAACAACAACACAGCCAAGAAAAUAGUUAACUUUAACCCAAGAUUAAGUCAAAUUUUAUGCGCUGUCUUCUUUUACUGGAAUAUGUAACUCAGUCAAGCCUUACAAAAUGCUGUUGCAUGAGCCUUUACUCUUAGAUACAGUUAUGAUAACACAAAAUGUUACUCUAAGUAAUCUAUAGGAAGGUAAAUACAAAAAGUGGAACAAAAUUCUAAUCCUGGAUUCGUCCUAAUUGGCCUUUCAGGAACCGGGUCCAUAUCAUGGACAAACCUGAAGAUGAUUAAAACUGAUCGCAAUGGGAGUUUAGCUGUUCAGCUUUACAGUUUUAUGAUAUUUUUUUUCCUCUGUGAUUUGAAGUUUUUUUCCUGUAAGCGGCCGUGAACACACGCCUCACGAUGUAGUCUUUUCGUUUGUUUUAAGGCUCUUGAAAGCUGAUACCGUGGUAAACGAUUGAAUGACUGCUAAUAAUUAAGGCCGAAUAAGAAAUGUAGAAAUUUAUGGAAAUCAAUGUCAAGUCAAAGUUAAGUUUUAGUUGUUGUUUAGUUGUUCCACAACAUUAUUUUCUUGCUGAGGCAGUUCGUUUCUGUUGGCCGGAUUGUCAUGGUUGAUCAUCAUCCUUGCUCAUCUUCUUCAGGUUUAUUACCGACCACAGGUCCAACCGCGUUGGUCGCUCCAAAAAAUCGCAUUUCUAUUUGCUCAGCCUGGGCAAUGUUAACAGUUCUAAAUAGUAACUCGAUAAAAGCGACUCGAAACUGUCUGAUUCUUACUGAAUAGAUGAUUGGGUUGAGCAGCGAGUUCAUGAAAACUAUUGAGACAGAAAAAGAGUAAAGCAAAUACCUUGCCUCCGUUGAAACUUCUGUGCCCAACCUCGUAAACACCAGUGUAGAAAUGAACCCAGGGAGGAAACACAGUAAUAACACAGCAAGAAUGAUGGAGGUCAGUUUAAAAGCCUUCCUAUCUCUCUCAAAUUGCUGCCUUGCCUCUUGGGUAACUUGCUGCGACGCCAGUUGUUGUUCAUGUCUGCGAGUUACGCUGUAAACUGUUAUAUGGUAGUAAACUAUUAAGCCAAUCGAUAAAAUAAUGAAUAUUGAAUUUGUGCGUGAAAUGAGAAUUAUGUCAAGGACUGAAAGAACUCGCUGAAAGACGAAUAGGAGCCAUAUGAGAGCCGAGGCAAUCAGUAAACGACCUUCGGUGACGAGGGUAAUGUAGGCGAAAGGAUGCUUAAUAGCGAGGUAUCGUUCUCCGCUUAGCAAAACCAUGUGUAACAGCGAAGCGCUAACUAAACAAAUCAUCACUGGUCUGAGAAAUCGCCAUGCACAAUAUGCCGAAGGUGGGUUGAGGUAGAAUAUUAUUGAAACUAUCGUGAAGGAAGGUUGAGCUAGAAUCCCCACAGAGAAAUCAUUUAAGGCUAAGAGCGCCAGUAAAACAUUUGAUUUGUGGUCUCUUAGACGUGAUUUCAUCUUCACAGAGAUCAUCACCAGUGCGUUCAGAACUGCAGUGAGAGGAAAGGUGAGAAUGUUGGCGACGAUGAGGAAAAUAAGAAAAGCUUGGCCCGAAGGGGAAAUCUGUUGUAGGUUUUUGGCCAACAACAGGUCAGUGACCGGGUGAGCCUUACAUCCAGCAGGGGUACUGUAGGUGGAAUUCAUCGCCUAUAAGACCACGACAGUUUUCUGUGACUUACAACGUAGAAAGUGUUUCGCGAAAUAUGUUUGUGUAAUCAGCAACAAUACUCUGACUUCCCAUAUAUACACCUGGCAUUUUGAGUUUUUUCGUUUACUGCUCUUAAAAUCUGCAUUUUUAAUGACAUUGGUUAUUCGAUUAUUUGCCGACAUAAAUUGAUAACCUUAUCAUGAAAUCUAAUAAAAUAAUGAACUGGAUAAUUCACUAAUGAAUGCCUUCAAAAUCCUCCACCACCGCUUUGUUUUAACAACUCCCACUUAGCCUGAUAAUUAGCGACCACCACAACCUUUUGCUUGUCAAAAUUGUCAGGACUAAAAAUAUUUCUUCUCAAAUGUUCGCGUCUACUGCGUUCUUCUCUAAAUUGAUUUCCUCAUAAAUGGGAAAUAAAACAAACUGUUGUACUUACCGUUUUGUAUAAAAAUAUUAUACAGCUGAAUAUAAUAAGAGGAACUUUGCUUCUCUUAGACUAUGAUAAAAAGCAAUAUAAUUGAGAUCAGACAGCUGGUGUUAAAAAUUUGCUGAAUACGGAGAUCGAAGUUUAAAAAGAUAAAACGGCGUAACUGGGAAAAUUCGUUAACCGAAACAGCGGUAAGAAUGGAGGAACAUGAAACAGUGUUCAGAAAUCAGAUUCAAAUAUUGACGACCUAAUGAUGUUUGGAAUAGAUUGACUGUUCUUAUUGAAGUUUGUACAAUUAAGAGCGAAUGCACAGAAAAAUCGAGCAAACCGUGGCCACAGCUCAAAACCUAACCUACCCUCAUUUUAAGUCUGUAAUAAGGUUUUAAUGAGUUUAUAACACUGCUGAGGUUUAAAUUUCAAAAUGCGGCCGAGUUUGGAAAUUAUUUGAGAUUUUCGAUUUCAACGGUCCGCGGGCCUAAAAUUAGCCGCCGAACACGGCAAUAUAGCCUAGCGACAGAAAUGAGCUGACUUUCAUAAACGAGCGAAUAUAUUGGCAAUCUUCCACUUAAAUCUCAAAAAGCAGAUAUCUAACAAUUUCUAAACAGCACAUUUUUUUAGAUUUAGAGCAUAAAAUAUCGACGAACGAGCACAAUUUUUAAACGUAAUUUGCAUAAUGCUUAUAAAUACAACAAUUUACCGCUAAAACCAAAAUCGAAUUUUCUAUAUGGGGGAAUUCUCCAAAUCACCCCAAAUCCCGUUUACUACCUAAUGCGAUAUAGUACUUCAACAUUAUUUGAAAGUUAGUCUGGUGUUCUCGCGAACGCUUGUAAAAUAGAUUGAUUAUUUUGAGGUUAUUUUGCCCCAAACAACCGCUAAUUGACCCCAGGGUCAGUUGACACGUGCACGUCACCUUAGUUUUAUGCAUCGAUUUGAGCUCGUUAAAAGGGCGAAACUAACAAGAUUUUUUUUUAAUAUGUACCUGCUUUAAUAAAAUACACUCAAUCUUCAAAAGGAGAGGCAGUUCAAUGGGUAAUGUCUGUUCUUGAGAUCUUGUAGAUUGUACCAUGGCGUCUGCGAGUGGACCUGAGGCUGGGUCUGUUUUCCCGUGACUGCGAAAUCAAAAUAACAUCAUGAAAUAAUUCUCGCUCGAACCUUCGUAAAUGAAUCCGCUUUGCAGUGCCUUACCUGAGAUAAAAAGUGGGCCGAAUAGGAAAACAUUCUAGCGCAAUUUGGAUCCUUUGCAGCACGUAGUGUAUUUGCUAAGCGGCGAUGGUAUCAGUGACUUUUAAUUACUUACUCACCUCCGAUUGCGUGACCAGGCAAUUAUCGAUUGUCUCCUGCGAAAAAUAAGUGCACGGGAAACCAAAGCUUUCGGGAUACAGUAAAUUCAUUUUCCUGUAUGACCAGGUGUCCUUUUGUCCUAUUUUAAAAGCGGUUAACUAAGAUGAUUAGCAAACAUACUGUCCCACUUUUGAAAAUGGUACAGUAACUGAUUUUAUCCCCAACCCCGGAGUGUUCAGAAGAAAUAUUUGCACCACGCAUGAAAGGCAAAUGGCAUAAAUUUUAAGGUUCCAGGCGGUUUUAAGGCAUGGGUUACCAGUGGAUUAGUCAGACUUGUCAUAAGGUGCAUUGAACGGAAAAUUGCAGGCAUGAUAUCUCUGCUAUUGUAUAUAUGUCCAUUAAGUGAUUUUCCAGCAAACAUUUUUUGACUUUUUUACCCCAAAAGUUUCUUCCGUUCAAUUCUUAUCUAUGAGAUCUAAACUUAGUUAAAUUUCUGUAAUUUGUUGUUAAAUGCAAUUUCUGCAAACAACUAAGUAUUUAAUUUUGCGUAAAAGCUACAUGAAAUUGUACUGUUUAGCCGCAAAUCAUAAAAAAGAGAAAGCAUCAUGCUUUCUCUUUUCAAGUCUAGUAGGACUUAAGCAAUGGCAUUGCUUAAGUCCUAGUAGUUGUUCUCCAUGUCUGCUAAGGAGGAAAUAGUUUGCUCUUUUCAAGAAAUUGUUCUUGCCCAUUGCGGUUUCAAACCAAGGAUAGCAACAAGUCUGUCGUGGUCAUAUACUGCUACUUCAGUGCAAACGAAGCAUAGGCGCACAAGUCAGCGCUUUCGUUUAGUCAGGUGCCGAAAAUGAAGUGGAGGGCGUCCAUGUUCGCUCCGGCUCGAAAAGGUAGAAUCAGUUGUGCAGUAAAAAGUAAUGCGAAAAACCUGCGGGGACUGGGGAAAGAAAGGCGUCUUAUUUGUCUUUGGCUUGUUCUAUUUUCGCGACGUGGUAAAGGCUACGAAAUACUGACAAGCUCAGUAUAUGUCUUCACCACCGAGAGUCACUUGCCCUUAGCCGGACACGCCCCUCACGUAUCAUGUUUCGUUCCUAAAGUUAUUUCAAAGCACAGAACCAAACCUAAUCAGCGGCCGAAGGCAGAAAAGGGGAUGAGCAAACGGAUGUCACGGCAUAUUUUGCAAGAAACUGGUAUCCUUGUGCCUAUCGGCUCAGGAACGAUUAAUUACUACUAGAAUUAAUAUCAGGGUCAGAAUUUGAGUGCUACAAUGGGAGGGAAGGAAGAAAAGGAAACUGCCGCGUACACCUGUUAAGUCUUUUAUAAACGUUCUCGUCCUGACGGUUUCAAGGUAUAGAGUGUUUUCACAUGACGUCACGGCGACCAUAUUGGUGUCCCAAAACAAUGAAACGACGGCCAUGUUGUGUCCCAAACCAAUCCUGUGGGAGUUGAACUCCUUUCUUAUGCAAACGCUAUCUUUUGUUCCAAUAAAUUUGCAUAGAUGCUGGCCACGUGAGUGAAAACACUCUAUUUAAUUUACAGUGUCUGUUGCAGGUGUCGAAUUAAUCUUGCAGCAAGUGGAAACGUGGCCACGCCUGCUGAAACUGAGAUUGCUUGUAGGAUGAACGGCUAUAGUUUGGUAUAUUCACGAGCGUGUUUUGUCCAGUGAACUGAGUGCGUAGUUUUUUCUUAAAGAAGGGAUGGGGUGGGUCAAGUGAAUAGUUCGGGGAACGUUUGCUCUCUUUAGAGGGGGGUAUAUUUGUUGAUAUCAGGAGUUCUGGCCUGGAUAGAGUCGUUGUAAAGCUAUUUUAGCUUCGGAGUAUCGGUUUACCGGAAGCUGAGCAAGGAAAAGUCAAUGGUGCAUUUAUGGGAUAAUAAUAGAGAUUCUCAUGGUCUAACAGUGCGAAGAUUAGACUUCUGGUAAGGUGGCAACGAUCAAGGCCCGCAUUAUAAUUCAUAAUAAUUGAAGGUCAUGACGUAAAAAAGCGACUGAAAUGGUGGAUGCCAUGCAAUCCUCUCGGGGGGGGGCGGCGUACCUGGCCUUAACGGUUGCCCCUGCGACAGAAGGCAAGCAUGCCCAGAUUGUCCACGGGUUGCUAAAUGAGACCGUCCCUUUCUUAGUACCCGUUCCUGUCUUAUAAUUAGACCCCGGAAAAUUUCUCGAGAUUGCAACAUCAUUUUGGGCUUAAAGCUUCCAAAGUUCAACAAUAAUAGCGCAUGUUCGCGACGGUUUUUUAAGUCAGUCAAGUUCUUAAACCAGGCCUUAAAAGGCCAGUUUUAAGUGUCGAUAACAGUUAAAAAGGCAUACAAGCCUCAUGCAAAAGACAGUGGGAAGGAAGUGCACAUCGGUGAUGGGGAAAAAGGAGAAGCUCACAGUUAUUUAGGGGUGGAUCUUUCCAGGGGCGGAUCUAGGGGGAGGGUGCAGGGGCUGCGCACCCCCUGAGAUGACCUGCGGUUUUCUAAUACAACUGGUAUUCUGCAAAAAAAAUAAACUAUGUGGUUUAUUGGUGUUGAAGUAGUAGAGCAAGAGAAGAGUGCACCCCCUCCUAAAAAAAAUCCUGGAUCCGCCCCUGCUUUCGAAACAUUCCUAUACUCUUGGACAGAUAUGCAUUGUUUAAAGUUUUAGACAAACCAGGUGUAAAUUUAUAGUAACAAACUGUUAAAUAUACAUCAGCAAGAUUUUUGCGAAUCCUAUUUUUCGCUGGAGACUAUCGUUUACUGGCUGGUCACGCAAUCAAAGGUAACGUACUUUCCUACGUUUGUUUACUCACCUUUCGCUCAGCAAUACACUGCGUUCCACAAAGGAUGCAAAUUGCGCUACAAAUGUUUUGCUAUUCGGCCCUCUUUUUAUCUCAGGUAAGGCACUGCAAAGCUGAUUCACUUACGAAGAUUCGAGGGAGAAUUAUUUCUUGAUGUUAUUCUGAUUUCGCAGUCACGGGAAAACAGACCUAGACUCAGGUCCACUCGCAGACGCCAUGGUACAAUCUACAAGAUCUCAAGAGCAGAAAUUACCCAUUGGACGGCCUCUCCUUUUGAAGAUUGCGUGUAUUUCAUUAAAACAGGUAGAUAUUAAAAGAAUCUUGUUAGUUUCGCCCUUUUAAUGAGCUCAAAUCGAUGCAUAAAACUAAGGUGACGUGCACGUGUCAACUGACCCUGGGGUCAAUUAGCGGUUGUUUGGGGCAAAAUAACCUCAAAAUAAUCAAUCUAUUUUACAAGCGUUCGCGAGAACACCAGACUAACUUUCAGGUAAUGUUGAAGUACUAUAUCUCAGUAGGUAGUAAGCGGGAUUUGGGGUGAUUUGGAGAAUUCCCCCAUAUAGAAAAUUCGAUUUUGGUUUUAGCGGUAAAUUGUUGUAUUUAUAAGCAUUAUGCAAAUUACGUUUCAAAAUUCUGCUGGUUCGUCGAUAUUUUAUGCUCUAAAUCUAAAAAAUGUGCCGUUCAGAAAUUGUUAGACAUCUGCUUUUUGAGAUUUAAGUGGAAGAUUGCCAAUAUAUUCGCUCGUUUAUGAAAGUCAGCUCAUUUCUGUCGCUAGGCUAUAUUGCCGUGUUCGGCGGCUAAUUUUAGGCCCCCAGACCGUUGAAAUCGAAAAUCUUAAAUAAUUCCCAAACUCGGCCGCAUUUUGAAAUUUAAACCUCAGCAGUGUUAUAAACUCAUUAAAACCUUAUUACAGACUGAAAAUGAGGUUAAGUUAGGUUUUGAGCUGUGGCCACGAUUUGCCGAUUUUGCUCGAUUUUUCUGUGCAUUCGCUCUUAACAGCUAAAAAAGGAAAAAGGCGAGCUUGCUAAAUAGUGACAUGUGGAACAUGUGAAAAGGAAAAUUUUAUGUUUUUAGAUUGUUAACCUACCAGCAUUUCUCCAUUUCACGUAGAUAAAAAGUUUUUUUUUAAUCUUGACUAAGCGUACUUUGGCAACUAUUUCAAACGAUAAUACAGUGAAUUUGAAAUCAAUUUGAAACUUAUUUUUUGUUCUUUUUGUUUUCUACUCUCGAUUUUUCUUGAAUUUCAAGGGAGGUAUUUGAACUUACACUGAUUAUAUACUAUUUGGAAAGUUUUUUUUCAAUUUUUUUUCCAAAUUGAGAUUAUUUUUCUUCGUAAUUUUCUGAUAAUACCGCUCUCCGAACUUAUCGUGCACUUUAGUAAAAUUUGUCUUUACAAAAGAUUAGUCCCAUAAAACGGAAAGCUUCGUAUGUUGACUAGAAUAGACAUAAAAGGCGAAAUUGAAUGAACAGACAAAAGGAAAGAAAAGAAAAGAAAUGCAGGAAAAUUAUUGACUUAGCACUAGAGCGGAAAAAACGCGAUGAAAUCAGAAGCAGGAGCUUUCACAAAUAAAUGAAUUAUAGAGCUUGUAUAUGAUAGAAAACCUGUUUCGGUGUGCUUGGCUUGUCAGACCCAAAUUCAUUACGAACAAAUUAUUACUAUUAUUAUUAUAUUAGCCAUAAACAAAUUCCUUCCCUUAAAAACACUGAGUGCAGCAAUAAAUUUUCGCUGUGUUUAAGUACAUGGAAGUCAGCUCAAAGACCUAGCUCAUCAAAAACGAAAUUUUCCGGUUUUUCGGUUUUGUACAUUAUAGACAUUGUUUGCGCGUUUGAUGUGGGUCACUUAUGAAAAAAAUAUCUCCACGACUUCCCCAAACUGAUCUGCUUCAUUUAACAUCAAGCCUUAUUUUUUUCCUGGAGCCAAUUUACGGAUUAGUAUCUCCUCUUUUUAAAUCCAGCAUACGCUGAGUAUAAGUUUUAUAAUUCGAGAGAUAGGCGUGCUGCAAAAUAUUGGAUUAUAAAUAGUUUUAAAAACUUCAGUAUCAUGGUCUCAAACGAAACAGAAACGGCGAGCGUCCUUUCAGACACAACCAGAUAUGUGUUUUAUUGCCCAUGCGAACCAGGCUUUUGUUUGGGAUUUACUUGACAGUUCCUUGGGUUUUUGCCACUGUCGCAUCUAUAAUCUCUCCAACUGCAGUUCUUUUAAACGCGCUAAUAAUCAUAGUAGUAAAACGAAGGAAAGAACUGCACAGAGCUUCCAAUGUCUUGCUAUCAAGUACGGCCUGUACAGAUUAUCUAGGAGGAAGUUACUGGGCCAAAUAUAGUUUAAACGUAGUUUAGCCAGUGUUUAACAAAACCGCGUUUUAAGUCACUUCAAUUUGCUCAACGAUUGUGUCUAAACAUCAUUUAUUAUGAACAGUUUCAUGAAAGCAUAUAGAGACAACUAAAAACAAGCAUUUAUCUUCUUAAAGCAACUCACCAAGAAGAGAUCUGGAGGUUCAAAGAUUCGUUAAACCGCGGCUUAAAGGGAACCUCCACUUCAACAAAAAGAUGACUUUAAAUCACAGGAAAUAACUGUUACAGUCAAGUCAAUCUAAAAUAUUUUUAAAGAAAGUGUUUGUAUCCGAAAGAAAUAACUUUUAGAUUCGCCUAUUUUUGUUUUCAAAUUUUGCGGGCGUCGCCAUCUUGAAUAAUUGUGACGUGUUACGGUUGCCCUAUUGUUAUUAAACAAAAGCUCUUUGUGUCAGAACAAUAGAGCAACCGUAACACGUCACAAUUAUUCAAGAUGGCGGCGCCCGCGAAAUUUGAAAGUGAAAAUAAGCGAUUUUAAAAUUUACUUUUCCUGAUAUAAACACUUUUUUUAAGGACAGAUUUCGAACAAAUUUGUUUAUCAACAUAAUUUUAUUCGAUUUAAACUUAUUCUGUAGUAAGAGUGGAGGUUCCCUUUAAGUUGGACUUCGUUUAAAUAUUUGGUCCUAUGUGUACCGUUAUCUGCUGUCGUUGAGGUCCUCAGUCAGUAUUUGAUAAGAAACUAGUAGUCUAUUAUCAAGUACUGGCUGACGAUCACUCUUUCGAUUUCUUCGAUUUUCUACCUGACAAUGAUUACGUGAGAUAGGUACGUGGCCAUUCGAAAAUGGAUUGCUUACAAAGUGAUUGUGAUUAAAAGCCGCCGUAAAAGCUGGCUCUAAUCUGAACUUGGCUAUCAGCAAUAGUAACUAACUCCGCUAUCCUUUUAUUGUGAUUACGGGGAUCAUGGGUGAAAAUGCAAUGAUUUUAGCGGUGGGGAUUUUCAUCAUCGUUCUGUCAGUGUUGGUAAUGUCUGUCCUAGCUCUUAUCAUACCGUAAAAUUCCGAAAACAAGGCCCGGGGCUGAUAUUUUUCAAAGGUCCUUUUUGAGGGGCUUACUUUUGGAGGGGCUUGCGUACGGAGGGAAAUUUGUGUUUCAAAAUCGAUUGUGCUAGCUUUUAGUGGGGAGGAAAUUUACCAUUUUUGCUUUGUUUUUACUUUGUAUUCGAGGGCAAAUUUCAAGGACAAGCCCCCUCGGGUGCGCUUAUAUUCGGAGGGCCGAUUUAACGGAGGGUUUUUUGCGUUACGAUUUGGGGGGCUUAUAUUUGGAGGGGCUUGUACAUGGAGGGGCUUAUUUUCGGAAUUUUACGGUAUAUUUUCACGUCAGGGUGAAACUUGGAGUUCGAAAACGUAAAUUAAGUCAAAUUCGCCAAGUCAGCUAGUUAAUGAACGAGAAACUUGGACACAGAGUUGCUAUGACCACUGCUUUAGUUACGAUUACCCUGAUUCUUUCCUUCUGAGCCCUUUCACGAUGAUAAAUAACCUUUAAAGUGAAGAUAAAAAAGAACAUACUAAUCCGCAGCUUUUCUCUUAUGCUAUACCAUGUUUUAGUGCGCUUGUUCGGAAACUGGUCAUCUACAGACUUUCAGAAAAGUCCUUCGUCCGAUUUAAUAGGCUGAUUUAGCAACAGAAAGGGAACGUCAGUUGACGACGGCGCGCGCAAAUCAAACAACUGGCUUGACCAAUGGCAGAGAAUGGCAGAGUGGCAAAUUGAGCACCGGAAGUCGUGUUUAGUCCUUUCCGCGCGCUUUCCCGUCGUCAACUGAUGUUCCCGUCCUGUUGCUAAAUCAGCCUAUUAUGGCGCGGGACCUCUCUUGACUUCGUUGCUCGCUUGGCCGCUUCGCGGCCUAAAAAGCUCGCUCUGGUCGCUAAGAGACCCGUGCGGUCGACUUGUAGCAAAUCUGGGUCAUCCAUUGAGCGAAAAAUUAAACAUUGAAGGAAGGUUAACAACAACACAGCCCCAAAAAUGGUUAAGUUUAGCCCAAGAUUAAGUCAAAUUUGAUGCACUGUCUUCUUUUACUGGAAUAUGUAACUCAGUCAAGCCUUACAAAAUGCUGUUGCAUGAGCCUUUACUCUUAGAUACAGUUAUGAUAACAAAAAAUGUUACUCUAAGCAACAUAAAGGACGGUAAAUAGAAAACGUAGAACAAAAUUUUAAUCCUGGAUUAGCGCUAAUCGGCCUCUCAGGAACCGGGUCCAUAUCAUGGACAAACCUGAAGAUGAUUAAAACUGAUCGCAAUGGGAGUUUAGCUGUUCAGCUUUACAGUUUUAUGAUAAUUUUUUUCCUCAGUGAUUUUAAGUUUUUUUCCUGUAAGCGGCCGUGAACACACGCCUCACGAUGUAGUCUUAUCGUUUGUUUCAAGGCUCUUUAAAGCUGAUACCGUGGUAAACGAUUGAAUGACUGCUAAUAAUUAAGGCCGAAUUUGAAAUUUAGAAAUUUGUCAAAAUCAAUGUCAAGUCAGAGUUAAGUUUUAGUUGUUGUUUAGUUGUUCCACAACAUUAUUUUCUUGCCGAGGCAGUUCGUUUCUGUUAGCCGGAUUGUCAUUGUUCAUCAUAUUUCCUUGCUCAUCUUCUUCAGGUUUAUUACCGACCACAGGUCCAACAGCGUUGGUCGCUCCAAAAAAUCGCAUUUCUAUUUGUUCAGCCUGGGCAAUGUUAACAGUUGUAAAUAAUAACUCGAUAAAAGCGACUCGAAACUGUCUGAUUCUUACUGAAUAGAUGAUUGGGUUGAGCAGCGAGUUCAUGAAAACUAUUGAGACAGAAAAAGAGUGUAGCAAAUACCUUGCCUCCGCAGUUGCUUCUGUGCCUAAACUCGUUAACUCCAGUGCAGGAAUGAUUAUGAACCCAGGGAGGAAACACAGUAAUAACACAGCAAGAAUGAUGGACGUCAGUUUAAAAGCCUUCCUAUCUCUCUCAAAUUGCUGCCUUGCCCCUUGGGUAACUUGCUGCGACGCCAGUUGUAUUUCAUGUCUGCGAGUUUCGCUGUAAACUGUUAUUUGGCAGUAAACUAUUAAGCCAAUCGAUAAAAUAAUGAAUAUUAAAUUUGUGCGUGAAAUGAGAAUUAUGUAAAGGACUGAGAGACCUCCCUGAAAGACGGAUAAGAGCCAUAUGAGAGCCGAGGCAAUCAGUAAACGACCUUCGGUGACGAGGGUUAUGUAAGCGAAAGGAUGCUUGAUAGCGAGGUACCGUUCUCCGCUUAGCAAAACCAUGUGUAACAGCGAAGCGCAAACUAAAAAAAUCAUCACUGGUCUGAGAAAUCGCCAUGCACAAUAUGCCGAGGGCGGGUUAAGGUAGAAUAUUAUUAAAACUAUCGUGAAGGAAGGUUGAGCUAGAAUCCCUACGGAGAAAUCAUUUAAGGCUAAGAGCGCCAGUAAAACAUUUGAAUUGUGGUCUCUUAGACGCGAUUUCAUCUUCACAGAGAUCAUCACCAGUGCGUUCAGAACUGCUGUGAGAGGAAAGGUGAGAAUGUUGACGACGAUAAGGAAAAUAAGAAAAGCUUGGCCCGAAGGGGAAAUCUGUUGUAGAUUUUUGGCGAAGAAGAGGUCAGUGACCGGGUUAGCCUUGCAUCCAGCAGUGGUACUGUAGGUGGAAUUCAUCGCCUAUAAGACCACGACAGUUUUCUAUAACUUACUCCGUACUUUGGCUUUGGAAGUGUUUCGUGAAAUGUGUUCGUGUCGUCAGCAAAAAUACUCUCACUUCCUAUACACCUGGCAUUUUGAGUUUUUUCGUUUACUGCUUUUAAAAUCUGCAUUUUUAAUGACAUUGGUCAUUCGAUUAUUUGCCGACAUAAAUUGAUAACCUUAUCAUGAAAUCUCAUAAAAUAAUGAACCGGAUAAUUCACUAAUGAAUGCCUUCAAAAUCCUUCACCACCGCUUUGUUUUAACAACCCCGACUUAGCCUGAUAAUUAGCGACCAUUACAACCUUUUGCUUGUCAAAGUAUAUACAGGACUAACAAUUUUUUUUCUCAAAUGUUACUGUCUACUGCGUUCUUCUCUAAGUUAUUUCCUCAUAAAUGGGAAAUAAAACAAACUGUUGUACUCACCGUUUGGAAAAAAAAAAAUAAAAAGCUGUAUGAAAUAAGAGGGACAUUGCUUCUCUUACACUAUGAUCAAAAGGAAUAUAACUGAGAUCAGACGGCUGAUGUUAAAAGUUUGCAGAAUACGGAGAUCGAAGUUUAAAAAGAUAAAACGGCGUAACCGGAAAAAUUCAUUAACCGAAACAGCGGUAAGAAUGGAGGAACAUGAAACAGUGUUCAGAAAUCAGAUUCAAAUAUUGACGACCAAAUGAUGUUCGCAAUAGAUUGACUGUUCUUACUGAAGUUUGUACAAUUAACAGCUAAAAAAAGGCGAGCUUGCUAAAAAGUGACAUCAUGGAACCAGUCAUGGGAAAAGGAAAACUUUAUGUUCUUAGAUUGUUAACCUACCAGCAUUUCUCCAUUUCACGUAGAUAAAAAGUUUUUUUUUUAAUCUUGACUAAGCGUACUUUUGGAACUAUUUGAAACGAUAAUACUGUGAAUUUGAAAUCAAUUUGAAACUUAUUUGUUGUUCUUCUAUUUUCUACUCUCAAUUUUUCUUGAAUUUCAAGGAGAUAUUUGAACUUAUACUGAUUAUAUACUAUUUUGAAAGCAUAUUUUCAAUUUUUUUUCCAAGUUGAGAUUGUUUUUCUUCGUAAGUUUCUGAUAAUACCGCUCUCCGAACUUAUCGUGCACUUUAGUAAAAUUUGUCUUUGAAAAAGAUUAGUCCCCCUCAAACUGAAAGCUUCGUAUGUUGACUAGAAUAGACAUUAAAGGCGAAAUUGAAUGAACAGACAAAAGGAAAGAAAAGAAAAGAAAUGCGGGAAAAUUAUUGACUUAACACCAGAGCGGAAAAAACGCGAUGAAAUCAGAAGCCGCUAACUCGAAGCUUUCACAAAUAAAGGAAUUAUGGAGUUUGUCUCUUAUUAUAGAAAACCUGUUCCCGUGUGCUUGGCUUGUCAGACCCAAAUUCAUUACGAACAAAUUAUUAUUAUUAUAUUAGCGAAAAACAAGUUCCCUUAAAAACACUGAGUACAGCAAUAAAUUUCCGUUGUGUUUCAGUGAGUGCAUGGAAGUCAGCACAAAGACCAAGCUCAUCAGAUACGAAAUUUUCCUGUUUUUCGUUUUAGUAGAUUAUAGACAUUGUUUGCGCGCUUGAUUUGGGUCGCUUAUGAAAAAAAUAUCUCACGACUUCCUCAAAAUGAUCUGCUUCAUUUAACAUCAAGCCUUAUUGUUUUCCUGGAGCCAUUUUACAGAUUAGUAUCUCUCCUCUUUUUAAAUCCAGCAUAAGCUGAGUAAGUUAUACAAUUCGAGAGUUAGGCGUGCUGCAAAGUUUUGGAUUAUAAAUAGUUUUAAAAAGCGUCAGUAUCAUGGGCUCAACGAAACAGAAACGGCGACCUUCCUUUCAGACACAACCAGAUAUGUGUUUUCAUGAUUGCCAAUGGGAAUCACGCUUUUAUUUGGGAUUUACUUGACAGUUCCUUGGGUUUUUGCCGCUGUCGCAUCUAUAAUCUCUCCAACUGCGGUUCCUUUUUUAACGCGCUAAUUUAUUAUCAUAGUAGUAAAACGAAGGAAAGAACUGCAUAGAGCUUGCAAUGUCUUGCUAUCAAGUAUGGCCUUUACAGAUUAUCUAGUGGGAAGUAUAUGUGUACCGUUAUCUGCUGUCGUUGAACUCUCCAGUCAGUAUUUGAUAAGAAACUAGUGUAGUCUCUUGUUAAGUACUGGCGGACGAUCACUCUUUCGAUUUGUUCGAUUUUCCAGCUGACAAUUAUUGCGUGGGGUGGGUCUGUGGCCAUUCGAAAAUGGAUUGCCUACAAAGUGAUUGUGACUAAAAGCCGCCUAAAAAGCUGGCAUUAAAACUUGGUUAUCACCAAUAGUAACUAAUUCACAUUCACAUAAAAGCCACCUUAUCUCUUUUGACGGAUAAGUUGUGGGUGAAAAAUUUUGCAUAAGGCAUAGGGUGGGCUGAUAGAGAAAAUUUGCCAGCGCCGCUGAAGGGGAGGAGGGUGGGGAAACUUGCUUGCCCGUUGUAGAGUAGACUUGCGAGAAGACGGCGAAUUUGUUUGCUAGGGCGUAUAAAAGGCCUAGGGAAUUUCCCUGGGGACCGUAGAGGAACAAUAGACUGCUUCCCGAGGGAGCACGCGGUAAUCUAGUUGAUUAAAUCGUCACGCGGCGGCUUCUAUACGAAUGAGAAUAGUAACUAACUCCGCUAUCCUUUAUUGUGAUUACGGGGAUCAUGAGUGAAAAUGCGAUGAUUUUAGAGGUGGAGAUUUUCAUCAUCGUUCUGUCAGUGUUGGUAAUGUCUGCCCUAGCUCUCAUCAUGUAUUUUCACGUCAUGGUGAAACUUGGAGUUCGAAAACGUAAAUUAAGUCAAAUUCGCCAAGUCAGCGAGUUAAUGAACGAGAAACUUGGACACAGAGUAGCUAUGACCACUGCUUUAGUUACGAUUGUCCUGAUUCUUUCCUUCUGAGCCCUUUCACGAUGAUAAAUAUCCUUUAAAGUGAAGAUAAAAAAGAACUUACUAAUCCGCAGCUUUUCUCUUAUGUUAUACCAUGUUUUAGUGCGCUUGUCCGGAAACUGGUUACUACAGACUUUCAGAAAAGUCCUUCGACAGAUUUAAUAUGGCGCGGGACCUCUCGUGACUUCGUCGCUCUCUUGGCCGCUUCGCGGCCUUAAAAGCUCGCUCUGCUCGCCAAGAAACUCGUGAGGUCGACUUGUAGCAAAUCUAGGUCAUCCAUUGAGCGAAAAAUUAAACAUCGAAGGAAGGUAAACAACUACACAGCCAAAAAAUGGUUACGUUUAACCCAAAAUUAAGCACUGUUGUCUUUUAUUGGAACAUGUAACUCAAGCUUACAAAAUGCUGUUACAUGAGCCUUUACUCUUAGAUACAGUUAUGAUAACACAAAAUAUUACUCUAAGCAAUAUAUAGGAAGGUAAAUACCAAAAGUGGAGCAAAAUUUUAAUCCUGGAUCGGCCUCUUGGGAACCGGGUCCAUAUCAUGGACAAACCCUAAAACUGAUCGCAGUGGGAGCUUAGCUGUUCAGCUUUACAGUUUUGUUUUCCUCCGUGAUUUUAAGUUUUUAGUUUGUCAUGAAGCUGCGAUUUUUUCAAAUAGAAGUUUUUACUUUGCUAAUGUUAUGUUCUAUAGCAAGUAAAGGCGAGAAAUUGACAAUACUAAAGGAAGGCUUUUUUCAUUGGCUAUUACGAGGUUGCCCGGGAAACUGGGGCAGCCCCAUCGUGCAGUUCGGCACAAAGACUACCCGGUGUUAAGGGCAACCUAAAAAUGGCGACUCCCAUUCCGCAUUCCCCAGCUCAAGUUACGGACCGGCUCUGUUUCUACUUCCCAAGCCUGGGGUCAAUUCAAUAAAACAUUUACAAGGGUAAUUUAGAAGUGUAGCCAUUGCUUUAGAACCUGAAAACAAUAGCUUGUAAAUUGCUGUUGAAAAAGUUCUGUUAAAUUGACCCCUGAUCGCAUACGGGAGCUUCGACUGUAUUAUGCGAGCUCGAAAUAACUGCUCGCCUCCCCAUUGAGGUCAGUCUUGCUUGUUAUGGCGUACCCCGUGCAGAUCAACUAAGUUGUAGUUGUUACGAGACCUGCCUUUAAGUCGAAACUCGUUCAUUCUUUCAGUGACGAGUUGAUAGUAUUAUCAGCGUCAGGAACAGCAGCAUGUAUUGACCUACAGUUGGCUACCACUGAACUCACGGGAACACCUCAUGGCGGAAUUCUUUGUAUGUAAUAUAAAUAAUCUGUAGAGAAAGGGAAUUUGCAGAAUAGCCAUAACCUAGGGAAUUGUAAAAAAAAUGAUGUGGUUUGUUUGUGCACACUUACUAGGUACCUUAAGAUCCGAGGACAGCGACAGCGGCGAAAACAUCGCUUAAAAAGUGAAUCAGUCGCAGUCUUUCCUCUCAAUCUUCAUCGCGACUAUUCCAACUGACUUAAGCUUUUGUAAAACAGGCAACCAAAACGUGCAACUUGUUUUGCAACAUCACUGCAAAAUGAGUUGAAAACAGGAGCCGAUUACUUGGACCAACCUGAUUUGUUGCAAGACAGGUUUGAUGUGGGUGGUAAAACGCGCAACAUCGCUAUUUAACUCAUUUUGCACCAAUGUUGCAAGACAAGUUGUAUGUUUUUUGAUGCCCAUUUCUCCGUACCUUUAUUUUGUCAGAUGAAGGCGAUCUCUACUGAAGUUGAAUGCCUAAGAACCUUGUCCAAACUCGUUCAACGUGAAAUUAGGCCUUUUCACAUCGUAGUCGUGCGGUGACGUCAACGAAAUGAGCAAAAACGUUUGGUGCACCAUUAAACCCAAAGAAAGAACGAUUAUGAUCGAAGUCCUUAAUCUCACUCUUAUAAAUGAAAGAUGACAAGUUCGACGUUUUAGUCCUAAGCUUCUUAGAUAAGUAAUUUUAUAACUAUAAAACGCUGCAACAAAAACGUGCUACUUGUUUUGCGACUUUGCUGCAAAACGAGCAGAAAAGCGAUGUUGCGCGUUUUACCACCCACGAAAAAAAAACCCUUUCAAGCUUACUUGUAGCAAGACAGGUUCUAGCGUUGGUGGUAAAACGCGCUACAUCGCUAUUCAACUCGUUUUGUACCAAUGUUGCCAAACAAGUUGCACGUUUUUAUUGUCCAUUUUAUUGUAGCUUCAACUGUAACUUAACAAUGUUAAUCAAGAAAUAAACACUUCUUCAAGGUUAAGGUUUUUAUUGUUCAGACUUACAGGUUUUUUUGUUUUUGUUCUUGUAUGUAGCUCCGGUUCUUGAAAAAGGCGUGGUCCGACAGAUAUCACCAGUAGCAGAACCACUGAUUGUGGAUACUUCAGAACAGGAUGAGUGAGUAAACUAACUUGAGCAACUAGCUUGAGUUUCAGUUCAAGAACUAAUUAAAUAAGUUCCAGUUCAAGCUGAGUUUGAGUUAUAGUUUAAGUUUAAUUUUGUAUUGGAUUGAAAAUGGAGUUAAUAAUGAUGAUGAUAAUAUUAAUAAUGACCGAGUGUAAAGUCAUGAUGGAUGUGGUUCGUCUCGGUCAAUAAAAACGCAAAGAAGAACUCCCCCAAUAUCCAGCCGUUUUGACCUAACGCAUGGUUAAUAACGCAUAUACGUAUAGCCCUGCUUUUGUAAAGGUUUGAAUGUUGCCUUUGUUUUCUAUUUUGUCACAGAACAUCAGCAGCUGACGAACUCACGUACACUAACAGUUCUCCAGUUCCUGGGUGUACAGUCUGUCAUAUUCCUUACUCUGAUGCAGAUCUACCUUUUCCUGUGGUUCUUACAAAAUGUCAAGUUUGUAGGCAUGUAACAUGUCUUGACUUGUUCUAAUUAGUGUGCAUUUAAGUUCGAAACGUGCAUUUUCACCCACGGUUUACAGAGCAAGGGUGGCGCAGUGGUGGGUGCACUCGCUUCCCACCAGUGCAGCCCGGUUUCAAGUCCCGGUGUGGAUGCCCUAUAUGUGUUGAGUUUGUCUUUUCUUGUCUCUUUUGCCCUGAGAGGUGUUGUGCUCGGUAUUUAGAGAAAUGUUUUAAGGGGGCAAAACGGGAUGGUGAAAAAUGUCCUAAAAGGACUAUUUUUCACUCGAAUUUGCUUUGUUCUAGUCAGUCGGUUUUCAAAGGAAGUCGUACGUUGGGGGAAUUUCUUGCUGAUCACUUUCAAGGUUUAAAGGUUAACCGUACAUCAUUACAAUUGCAGCUGGAGUAAUAAGGCACCCAUGUCUCCAAAGACGAUCCUGAAUGGUGACUUACCUUAUUUGCCCAAGUGUACAGAAUUUAUUUUAUGGAUUUUAGGAAAUAAGAACCUGUUUCAAAUUUGAGGCUAGACAGGCUCUUGUAAAGAGGAACCUAAGUGGCCCGUUGUAGCUUAACAGGUUCUUAGUCGCGGGUUUUUGGUAUACAGGUUUUACCCAAGUAAGGAAUGAGCUGAAUACCACUUUAUAUUCUUAGCUCCAACGUAUUUUUUUCUUCAGAAAAGAAGAACCUUUAUUUAAGAACCUAAAUAAUCUAAAUUUGUCCUAAUUACCAUUUAUGCAAGAACCUGUUUAGGCUAACUUAGAAAAAUGCAGGUUCUCGUGGCGGGUUUUUACUGUACUCUUAUUUUUAUUAACAGGCAGAGGAAAGUUCCAGAUGUAAUAUUCUCCUCAACUGAACCUCCUGCUGAAACUCCCAUUGUUGGCAGAGGAUGUCUUCUUCAGGCUCGGUAAAUUAAAGUUUUCUUGACUUUGGUAACCAAAGGAAGCAUGUUUCGGGCUAUCUCAAGACGCUUCUAGGAACUUUGAAGAGUGUAGAACAAAUAAAUAACAUUACAUGACCGCGCAGAGAUACGACACUUUUCUUCGAGUGUUGAAAAAGUUUGGCUACCCAACAAAGAGAACUUUUGUUCUUGGGCCAUCGUAGCCUAUGAAAAAAUAAAACACAAACAGCGGCGAUUAACAUUGUAAACUUACGCACUUUUAUAUCAACUUGACAUUUCGACUUUAUUAGUGAUAUAUUUUUGUCAUAAAUUGUACCGGUCACUUUUGAAAAUAUGUGUUGACUAGCUUACGAAACAAGUUUACAAUAUUUAUCGUCGCUGCUUGUGUUUUAUUUUGAUUCAAGAAAAUUUUGGUCAAGUGAACAAAGGAAAUUUGCUUGUUGGCAUUCGGAACCAUUGUUUUCACAUUUUGUUAAUACACUCUCUCUCGGGGAUCGAAUGGCGGUAUCUCUGGUAGAAACUGCAUGAAAAAAGUUAAUGGAAUUGGCCUACCGUGAAGAAUCAUGUGCACCGCAACAUUACCAAUUAGUGAAUCGACAUCGUCUAUGAUUUCAAAAUUCUGUUGAUCUACCGCUUGGCCAUAUGAAUGUCCGGCACUGGCAGAUGGAAUUUCUCAUUAUCAAAUUUCCCUCAUGCGGUAGCAUUUCUAUGAAAAUUAGUAGUUUGUAUAUUGACACUACCACCGGUUUAAGAUAUUGCAAAGUAAAACCCCGUUUACACGGUUCUGGACAAUUUUUUUGGAACGGACAAAUACCUGCAGAGAUCCCGCGCCUUUCGUUUACACGGGACCCGCGGAAACGUGCAAGUUUUUGAACGGCGAGCAGUAUUGCAAUCUGUAACAGAAUUUGCACGGUUCCUUUUAAACGGGUUGCACAGGUAAAAAAUUCGUUCGUUCAAAAUUUUGUCCGGACUCGUGCAUACGGGGUGUUAAGGUCACCCUAUGGUCUGAGGUCUCAUUAUCAUUAUUACUAUUAUUAUUAUUAUUAUUAUUAAAUCAUUUUUGAGGUUCAGUACAUUGUGUUCUUAUUCCAGUGUGUGUAGAACCAAAAAGAAGGAAAAAGGUGAAGCGAAUGCAGAUAUUGUCAGCACUGUAAGUAUUUAAAGUAAAUGAAUUUAUUUCCUUUUACGAGGAUAGCUUGUAACACUGUUUCGACUUUAAAGCUUGUGUUUCUCGAAUCGAUGAUCGAAUUGUAAUUUGGCAAGUUAUGUUUUUAUGGAAGAAGGAAACCGAGAGAAUCCAGAGAAAAACUCUUCAGCGGGGUCGAGAACCUGUGAGAACAAUAAACGUGAAGACCAAGGAUUGAGCCCACACCUUGGACCUUUAUCAAGCGCUGCUACCAUUUUUCAUUAAAACAAAAGCUUUCGCGCGUAUAGUCUCGCAGUGACUUUGUAGUCUAACAAUCUUUGCUUUUGUUGAAGCAUCUACCGCUACCACCGCUACCACCACCACUACCACUACCACCACGUCCACUACCACCACCACCACCACCUCCACCACCAUUAACACUAACACUAUCACCACCACUACCACUACCACUACCACUACCACCACCACCUCUACCACUACCACCAACACCACCACUUCCACUACCAUCACCAUCACUAUCAUUUUUACGACUACUGUCACCAUUACCACUGCCACUGCCACUGCCACUACUGCUACCAUUAAAGAUGAUGAUAAUGCCAAUAAUGAUAAUCAAGUAUUUUGACUUAAGUUUUUUUCUUCUAGAUCUUACCAUUUCUUGAAUAUGAACUUCACCAACAGCUGCUAAACAAAUUGAAGGUACGUUGGGGGCCAAAGGCAACUUUCCGCAACGUUUUACAGUUUUGGUCUUUCCAGAAUCAACAGCACGUGAAAGUGUGUUUUUAUAUAAAGACGAAGAAAUACUCAUCCAACUUAAAUAUUGACAACGCUUGGUAAACAAAGUAGCUCCAUGUUCCUUCACCUUAUUGCCAUCAAUGUUGUUUGGCGAGUUGAAAUUUAUUUCUUGCACGUAUGCGUACAACAAAUGUUUAUAUUGCAUUAAGAUUUAACUCCCUAACCCUACCCAUUAUUAAUAUUAACUUAUAGGCAGUAUUCAAAUUGAGGAACACGGGGGCAAACCUCUGUGGCAAUGAGACAAAUGCGAUCAACCGCUGGCAACCUCCCAUUUGGCUAUAAUUACUGAUUAUGUCAUUCAAUAAUACCUUUUGAUACAUAGUCUCCAUAGAAAGUGGUGCUCAUUCCACUUUUUAUGAGCACGGGGAAACUGUGAGGAUAUGCUUUCCCCUUUUGGCUUAGUCAAGACGCCAUUAAAAUGGCAGAAGGCCAACAAGUGCUUCUGGAGUAUCUUUGUGCUGUACGGUUCAUAGAAGUAGUUGUUCAGCUAGAAUUUGUCUCCAAUCUUGUUCCGUCGAAUCCCUUUACAAACAAUUUGAGAAACAUUGGAGGCGGCAGUUGAUAAUGAUAUAUUCACAUUUGUAUUCGUAUUUUAUUUAUUAAUGGCGAGGAGGCCUAAAGGAAACUCUAUUAACAGCUUAUGUUAAUUAGGCCUCCUAAAUUACAAUUUUUCAUACAUGACAUUAAAAUUACGAUAUUCGACUAUGUAAAUUGACCUAGAUUGCAAAUUUACCGGAGAAGGAGGCAGAAGGCAAAAAAACGUUAAGGUAGACACAUUUGUAAACGACCCAGUGGAGUUAAAUUAACUCUCAGUACAAAGUAAGUUAGUUUUCGAAUACAGUUAAAAUCGAGACCUGAAUAUUACAUUAGAUUUAGAGAUUUGUUUUCACACAAAGCUAGUACAUGUUUCCAGGUAAGAUGCUGAUGUACAUCGAUUCCAAGAAAUUUUGUGAUAUUGCCUUGCUUCAGUGAAACAAGGCAAUGUGAAAGAGAGAUAUGAUCUCCAAAUGAAAGGAAAAAGGUUUAGUUACCUUUCCUUGGUCUGGAUUUAUUAACAACGUAAGAGCACUUUAAAAUCCACCAUUUAUGUUCCAUAUGUCUGUUUGAUUAGAACGUGUAACAGCUGAAGACUCUGUCCAAUUCAUCGUGCAUAACUAGAAAUGUAUGGAAUAAGUUGAUCCGUCCAAAGUGUGUUGUCUUUGCACGUGCUGUGGUUGACACUUGUUUAUCGAUAGUCUGUGAGACAUAAUUUAGUUUUGCUUCUCUAAGUUUUGCCUUAAUACCACGCUUUGAAAGUGGAAAAGUAUUGAAAUUAUACGAAGCAACAUAUGAACAAUAUUUCGAACGAUACGUAAGCCCUAGUUGAAUUUCUUCAGUGUCGAUUUAAAAGUGACACAAGAGCACUGGUUCAUUAUCUUGGUUUCAUCUUGAUUCCUUUUUUAGUUUCUCAUCUUGGUUUCAUUUUCACCUCAAGAGAUGACACGGUUGAAGUCUUUUUUUUAAUUAAAACAUUUUACUGUUUUAACCGCUGUCCUGUCGCGUUGACCAGUUAUAACUAAUUUUAAAAAUGUACAUGAUUAAUAAGUUGAUCCUUCCAAAGUAUGAUCGUUGUACGUGCUAUUACUGACGAUUGUUUAUUGAUAGUCUGAAACACUUUAUUCUCGCUCUUUCAAUUUUUACCCAAGUGCCAAGCUUUGAACAGAAAAAGUUUUGAAAUUAGGAUACAAAAAUAUUUGUUUUGAACAAUAUUUGGCCCUGUGUCAAAAGUGACGAACUGAAAACGAAUUUGGGAAAGCCCCUUGCUGCUUUGCAUAUUUAUCUGCUGGGAACGUGUUUCCCAGAAAAGUAGGAAUUGUACUUCGGCGUGUUAUAUCGUAUGGAUUGCGUAUUCCUCUCUUUUUUAACAAGGGAAAAGAUUUUACUUAUUUCAGUGUAGUCGCUUUUGCUGGGUAACAGAAACAACACGCAUUUUGCGCUUUGGCUUCACAGUCGACUGGUUUCUCGGAAAAUGAGUACUGUUUACAGCAGCGCAGAGCUGAGAUACUUUAGGUUGGCUAAAGGUGUUCUAGGUUACUCGGCUAGUGCGUUGAGAAAAGUUUUUAUAGAAAAAUGGAACUUUCUUUAUCCUUCUACGCCAUGGCAAAACGACGGAAAGAGCGUUUCCCAGUUGCUCGAGAAAGAAAAAGAACAAGCGAGAAGUUCUCGACUGUACGAUCCAGCAUUUUCAAAGGGAGACCAUGAAGCCGUAAAAGAGAAAUUGUCGUAUGGCGACGUCGAAGAAUGGGACGUUACAGCGCUGGUUUUUGCGUUAUGUCACUCUCAAGCUUUACGUGGAAUACGUUGUGAUCCUGGCUGGGGAUUAUUAAACCACGCCAUUCAUGCUAUAAAGCAGGUCAGAAACACGGUGCUUUCGCAUGCUUCUAAACCGUCGAUUUCUCGGCGAACGUUUAAGGUGGCUCCGUAAUUAAUACAAGAGCAUUUAACUGUGACAAAUUUUCCGUCAUAACUUUUUGGUUUUUAACGCGAUGGCUGCGAAACUUGGCAAAGAACAACAGAUAUCAAUCGGCAAUAACACAAAAUAUUCCGAUUUCACUGAUAGUAAAUAUUUCUUGAGAAAUUAGUGCUUAAAAGGACCCUACUGUUCAAAGAAAAUCGCGUCUAGUAAAAAAUUUUGCUGAUAUUUUUUACUGAAAUUUCUGGUAUCGGCUUUAAUUGAUAUAAUAAAUAUGCCAGAGGAAUUUCAGAAAAAUCGUUGGAGCAGAAGUCCGUAACUAAAAGUCGGUCAAAAUUCAGCUGUGAAAUUGUUUUGGAAUUUCAAAAAUAAAUUACUAUCAGGUAGAAGGAGCCACCAGUUUGAAUUUUCGGGACAAGUAAAUUCAACGCUUGCUAAUUCUUAAAACAAAAGCCGAUUGCCUAUCGUGCUAUUCUUUGAAAGGUACUUUUUAGUUUUAGAAGAACUAUAAAUUGCUCCAAACCUUGCUCUGAAGUAGAAUGACUUGUUCGUCGACAGUUUCAAAAUAUCCCUUGGCAGUUUUGGCUCAAACUCCUGCUGCAUACAUUUUGAUGUAUUGCCAUGCAUUUUCAACGACUUUUACUGCCGUUCGUUGCUUCCAACUCAGGAAAAAAGUAUUGAGAUUGGACGCUACCUCGUAUCAGAGCUCAGAAAGAACUGUCCAGCACCUUUGUUUAUGACUACAAAAUGAGCACGAGCGGCAGUUCUGCGUGGAAUUCGCACCUCACCCAGGGGGGAAGAACGACAAUGAUGACCAUGCUUGUGAACCAAAUAACAUCACAGUGCAAAAUAAAAUUAUCGCAAAAAUACUGCCCGUUAAUAAAUUUACAACUCUAAAAUUUUUGUCACUCCUUCCUUCAAUGAAUGGGUAUUUUUUUCUUGAUUAUUAUGUUUUGCUCUGCAAUACAUGUUUAUACAGAUCGAUUCACAGACAUGGGCAUCAUUGUCACUCGUCCCCCCUGGCUGAGGUGCGAAUUCCUCGCAGAGCUGCCGCUCGUGCUCAUUUUCUGGUCAUAAACAAAGGUACUGGACAGUUCUAUCUGAGCUUCGAUACUAGGUAGCUUACAAUCCCAAUACCUUUUUCCUGAAUUGGAAACAACGUAAAGCACGAAAAGCCGUUGGGGAGGCUUUGCAAUACAUCAAAAUGUAUGUAGCAGGAGUUUGAACCAAAAUUGCCAAGGGAUAUUUUAAAAAUGUCGAGGAACAAGUCAUUCUACUUCAGAGCAAGGUUUGGAGCAAGUUAUAGUUCUUCUAAAACUAAAAAGUACCUUUCAAAGAAUAGCACGAUAGGCAAUCGGCUUUUGUUUUAAGAAUUAGCAAGCGUUGAAUUUACUUGUCCCGAAAAUUCAAACUGGUGGCUCCUUCUACCUGAUAGUAAUUUAUUUUUGAAAUUCCAAAACAAUUUCACAGCUGAAUUUUGACCGACUUUUAGUUACGGACUUCUGCUCCAACGAUUUUUCUGAAAUUCCUCUGGCAUAUUUAUUAUAUCAAUUAAAGCCGAUACCAGAAAUUUCAGUAAAAAAUAUCAGCAAAAUUUUUUACUAGACGCGAUUUUCUUUGAACAGUAGGGUCCUUUUAAGCGCUAAUUUCUCAAGAAAUAUUUACCAUCAAUGAAAUCGGAAUAUUUCGUAUUAUUGUCGAAUGAUAUCUGUUGUUAAUUGCAAAGUUUCGCAGCCAUCGCGUUGAAAUCGAAAAAGUUAGGACGGAAAAUUUGUCACAGCUAAAUGCCCUUGAGUUAAUUACGGAGCCACCUUAAGAGAAACUUCGAGAUCGUGGUGCAAGCUGUGGAAAACUUGCUGACUAGCUCUGAUCCCUUGGUUGAAAAACUGAAGAAGUUGCCUACCGAGAGAGAAUUCGUAACGGAAGAACUCCUUGUGCUUAAAAAACAUCUUGAAAGAUUAGGGUAUAAAGUGAACAAAUCAAACCCUGUUGAUUUAGCGCCCGCACGCACGAAACCGGCGAUUUUCCAGAGCGCUAGAUAUAUUCGAAUGAUCAACGAAUCCAGCUCCAUGUCCUACAAUUUUCGUUGGGAAGGACUAGACGAAUUUCUACGAAGUUUUAACGACGAUGUAGAUAUGCAAAUGUUUGCGGAUAUUCAAGCUGCCCUUUCACUCAGUCAUCAGUCGAGAAAGGAUGAGAGUUUAGAAAUGCUGAAUGGGCUUAUUCCAAAAGCUCUAACCGCGAAACAUGGGUAAGUUAAAUCAGAUAGAUAUGGAGAUGUUUCAAGUUCUAAAUAGGCUCCAAAGGCUCUUUUGGCGAAUUAAUAGGAGUCAGUCCAAUUAUCGCCUGCCUACAUAAGUAUGGCCCGACUAAAUUUUCGGAUGUUAUGAUUCAGAAAUUGUCAAACGCAAAUCUUUGUACAUUUUGAACCCAGACAACAAUGUUUACAACCGAGUUUUGACUUGCAAUUUACAUAAGAAUAGAUCAUAUGCUGAUUGCUUAUGUAUUACGACCUUUUUUGUUAUUUCAACAACAAAUAUAAGCGAAAACUUGACGGGAAAAUAAGUCACGCCAUCACGCCAUGACUGUUUUCAGUUUUAUUUCAUGUUAUUUAGUACCAAAUCGGUUUUAGUCUUAUCGAAGAUCACUUGACUCUCUUUUGAAAAAGGGAAGUAUUUAUUUUUUAAAAAAUGAAAGUAUAUAGGUAUUAAAACAAUAUUUUUCGAACUUUAUUUGAGCGACGUUUUGUGGAUAGAUGAUGUCCAUAGCAACAAUUUUGAUCACUUUUUAAGUACCAGUAGUUAGCGCGUGAACAAGAAAAAGAUGAAAAAUAUGUUUGUCGCAUAGUGAUUUUGUUGAAUGAUACACUUGUUGCAUUUUUUUUCUUAUCGUCAUUAGCUUUUCUUUUGAAUGCUUGCAGAGUUGUACUACAUGCCCGAAUAAAGAUUCGCAAAGCAUAUAUUUUACAUGAUCGUGGUAAAGAUGAUGAAGCGAUGAAAGAGGCAGAUGAGGCAGAAAUGAUGCUGAGCCUUGGAGAGUGUGACGAGGACAUGGCUGAAGUUAACUAUGCCAAAGCCAACAUCAUUUUAUCAUCAGGGAAAAACAGUAAAGAGGACCAUGAACUCAUUUUACAUCACUUGAAUAAAUGCAUAUAUUUCUGUGAAAAGACUACUGUCGAUAAAAGUGUGACUUUUGUUCAAGCCAAGCUUCACAAGGCACUUUUUCAUUUAGGCGCUUACCAACAUGGCAUCUUAGACUCAUCAGAUGUCAACAUUGCAGGGCCUAUUUUCAACUGCAUUGCUGACCAAUCUGAGCCAAUUGCAGACAGAAGCAAAGUAUACUUCAUGUACGGCCAAUCAUUGCUUGCUUAUUCGAAGGGUGACACGAACUUAGCAACAAAGUUAGAGAACAAAGUUAGGCGAAAAUGUGAACAACAUAAAAUGCACUUUGAGAUCCAACAGCUCGAUAAGUUGAGAACUUUGGUACGAGGCCCUGAGUUAAAAAGACUGACUCAGUGAGAACUAGAUUUCACUUCAUUUCAGUAUAAGAAUAAGGUUUAAGGCAUUGCCUCUCCUUCAUUUAGUCGUAAAUUACGAGCUUGAAACGUAUACACAAGGUUUUAAUUUAAGAAGAGUAAAAUGGGGAACAAUUUGCCUUAACAUGUAAAUAAAAGAAAGGAGCAAAUUCUGGCCUAUUUUUGUAGCUGCCAUUUCAUGGCUUUUUCCCAUGUCAUGGUAAGACUACCUGAGCUCUAGUAUAUGUAGAUUGAAAAAAGAGAUUGUAUUUUGACCAUAAUUAUUUUGUGAGUGUAAAAAUGAAAUGUUGUUUCAACGCACCAAUGACAGUACGAGUCUUCAUAGGCAAUAACAUCGCGGCUUGACUGACAGACGACUAGUAACUUCGCGACUUAAUUGACCAGUCAGGUCAAUAACCAGAGUUUAAUACCAUCAACUGACGUGAUACAACUCACUUUGACUCUGAAGAUGACUACUGCACAGAUUGUUGAAAUGUCAAUCACUAUCCUAUUCAGGACUACGUUCACCCGGACGAUCAUGCUCCACCUACUUAUGAAAUGUUUUUCUUGGAAGGAUGGGCAAGAUCAUCAGUUUUUUCUUGUCUUGUUUCUGUAUUAUUGAUACUAAGUUUUACAAUGGUGAUGCAUGAUUGGCCUCAGACCAAUUGCAAACCCCCAACGUAUAGGGCGAGGGGCUGUCCUUGGUCUUGCCUCUAACUAUCAACAAAUCCUGCAUGGGUAGACCUACAAGGGGUAAAACAAAAGCCCUGUGUUACAGCUGUAGGGUUCAUUAAGAAUUGCAAGCUCACCGGAACUGGAGAGAUAAUGCAGUUUUAUUGAGAUGCAGGUGUUAGUUCAAGAUACAAUUUCAGGAGUAUUAUAAUCUCUGUGUAAGGCAUUACUAUUUCUUAAUCAAGUAUGUUUGAUUAAAGUAUGCCAUUUGGAUUUCAAGUUGUCAUGUUUGCAGUUAUUUUCCCUUUGGCUUCCUUCACAAUAUGCAUUCAAAUUCAGAUGUCAAAUGUGUGGCACCAUUCAAAAGAAAAUUCAUAUACACUUGAGAAUGAUAAACUUCGGAAUUGAUUGAAUCUCUGCCUAGUUUUUGUCCAAAAUAAAAAUUAUAAAGGAAACAUAAAUAAAACUUUUUCGAAGGUGGUUAUCGAACCUUGGUUGCCAUAGUGACUUGUUUCUCACCUUUAAUUCUUAGGGAGGGCAUACCAAACUUAACCUUACCCUUUGUAUAUCUGACAUAGUUUAAAUCGGUAGAUUUAAAGUUAUAAUGCCAAAAUUUGAUAGUAGUACUUGGCUAAGUUAAAAAUACUGUUAUGAGCUCACUCCUAAGGAUAUUAUUGAAAGUACUGACCCAAAGGUGUGCCUGCCCUUAAUGUUAAACUCUUUUUCCAAAUUUGAUUUAACAGGUUAAAGGCAUGAAUGCACUUUUUGGACUUCACCUUCAGAUAUCUGUGGGAGAAACUCUUAUUGUUGGAACAGCGGUAAGCUCUGCCGUGUGAAUUAAUUUCAAAAUCACGCGCGUUUUUUUCCUUUGCAAGUGUUUAUAUUUAUAAGAUAGUGCUGACUGGUCUCUCUUCCUUAUUCCCUGACAAUCCUUAAUGAUCUUUAGUUCUCCUUCAGUGAUUAGAUUAGCCUGUUCCAGGAUGCGAAAAACAGUGAGAGGGUGAGGUAGCUCACUAUCUGAAUGCCUAGAACAGGUUAUGUCUACUGUCAGUGUUGCAUUGUUCGCACCUUCUAUUGUUCAACUCACUCAGGAUAUCCCUGCUCCUGGCUGUUUUGUGUUUAAAGAGCAAAUAGGCCUUGGGGAGGGUCCUUUUCUUUAAUACACCUAUGCAACGUCCAAUGGCGUUAGGAUUUUGGGACUCCUUGUCUAGAACAGAGCAUCCAAAUUUUAUUAAUUCCCUAGAACUGGAGCAAAUAUGUGGUAUUUUUUCUUGAAAAGGGUAUCAUUUGACAUGCUGCAAAUUUUGAGGCCUAGGCGGCGCAUAUAGUCACCCAAACCCUUCUAACAUACAACCCCUGGAGUACAACGUAUCUCCCAGAAAAAAAAUUUUGAAAUCCCCUUAUGGUAAAUACGUAGCAAACAUUAAACACUUUCGUGGUAAUAAAUUCUUUUUCAUCUCAUUCAGGAAGAAAACAGCAAUUAGUCAGUGCAAUUCAUCACUACUUAGUGUACGCGCAUUUGAUCAUAUGCAUAUGCGAAGUAAUUGAAUUAUUAAAUUAUUGUUACCAAAUCUACAAGAAUUUACCCAUGGUCUGUACUCUUAACGACCUUAGAAACGAUGUCAAAUGGUCAACACUCAAGUGAAAUCACAAGCCGCGGGCGAGGGAGAGCGUGUGAUUUUCCGUCAUUUCUAUGGUCGAUAAGAGUAUAGACCAUAGAAAAUUGUUGUCGAUUUGUUUUGUCUUUUACUUACAUUAAGGUGGACAGUUCUUGACGUCCAUUUCCGUUGCAGGUUCUCUGAAUUUGCGAGAACUGGAAACAAUUUCUCCUAGAGAUUCUUCAGAAAACAGAUGACUGUGUUGAAGUUCUCCAAAUACUUUGUAAUAUUAGGCAAAUGAAAACUUAAUAAUAUUUGCAUACUUAUUUUGUUUUGUUUCCCGUAUCUGUCACCAAUGUCAUUACCUUAACUCUUAAUCUUCUCCUGACUUAUAUAUAAACUAUAUCUUUAACUUUACAGAUCAGCUUCUGUAUUAUUAAUUGCCUAGUCCCUGUACGGCGUUUUCCCAGUCCCUCUCGGAAAAUUCAUUUCGGUGACGUAUCCGACCACGUGACCUGAAACGCUUUGGCCGCGCGGAAUAAUGAGGCCUAGGAACUAGGCAAUAUUGUUAGGUUGAUCCACUUUCACUAUCACUUUUCAACACAUUUACUUUUCCCUGCCUCAAAGAGCGUUUUUUUUUUGCUAAUUUGCAGAACAAUUGUAUUUAGCUUUAAUAUGUGAGAAUAAAGUUUUGUUUGUGUUGUUUGGAAUAUUGUGCGCGAAAGAUAGAGAAGAACAAAUCAUCACGACACUUCCAUGGGCUUUUCUCUUAUCUACCAUAGUUCUCGACUAAUUAGCGCUCGACAAACUGCUCAAUUAUUGUAAAAUUAUAAUUUUUCUUGCAGUCAUCUACAGCUGUUUUCUUGGCAUCCCUGCCUGCCCCUCCAUUGCUAAAGAUUACUGGACGGGUGAGUUAUUCGAUACUUAGGGUUACUUGAAGUCAAUCAGGAACCAAGAAGCUUGUGACUUUGUAAUAAACAGUUAAUGACUGGUCCCAAGGGAAACAGUUAAUUUUGUUUCCCGAGAAUCGCAAGGGAAACAUUGAGAUUCGAGGGAAACAAAAGUAACUGUUUCCCUAGGGACCAGUCUUUGAAUGAUUUGUUACACACAGCUGGAAAUUUUAAAGCUGGAAAUUCAUCAAACUUUGCUGUAACAGCGGUCGUCGGUCAACAUUCGCGGUUAACAGUGCACUGCUACACUCUGACGUCAUAGAUUUUGCAAUGUUGCGCGCUCAGAGAUUUUGGCGGGAAACGGUUUCAUUGUUAGAUGUCAUGUGACUUCGAAAUAACCAAUGAGGGCGCUCGCUGUUGGGAAAAAAUUUUCAGCUAUGUAACAAUUCAAGAGAUUAAAUCCUGUUCUUUAUACAGCGUUUGUCUGCUGAAGAAGAUAAGCGGCUCGCUGAGAUCCAGAGGCAAAUCGUGGACACAACUAACAAGAACAGAGCCAGCUUUAGACUUGCAGAUACCGUCCAUAUAGUAAGUAAAUUCUUUUUUUCAUAACAGCAAAUAUUUGGUAAGGCUUUAAAGGGGCUGUGCCAGGUCUUCCUAUUUUACCUUUUUCAAGAGAGAAUAAGCUAGCUUUGAUUUUGUUUGUAAUGGGAUAACACCGAAUAUUUUUCUUAUCUUACUUUUCCUUUUAAUUAGCAACUCAGGAGAAAAAGGCCCUGUUGAGAUUCAAAAUAAAUGAGAAUAACUUGAAUUAUUUGAAUUGUCUUGCUAGAUCGUAGCGUUGUUUUCAUCUUUUUCCUGGUAUUCAAUGUGUAUCUUUUUUGCAGAGUACCCCUAAGGCCACACCUCCGCCAAGUCCAUCCCAGAAUGUCCCUACUAUGAUCACUGCUGAUGUGGAUCAGGAUGAGGGGCCUAAAGCUGAGCUGGAUUUGUGUACAGGGCCAAAAGAUGCGUAUGUUGUAGAGGUACAUAUCUUUGUGUAGAGACGUUUAGAUUGUAAGGCGAGGACGACUACGAGGACGAUAUUUCAUCAAUUUGAAGUGGUGCGCGCGCGUGAACCAGCGUCAUUUUGGCGGGAAAACGCGGUAGCCGUCGUCAUUCUACUACGGGUUUUAACGAGAAUGUUGCUAAGUGUCGGAAAAAAGUUAGAACUUUUAUCAUUUUACGAUCAGGAGAGGGCUAUACCUCCUUCAAUAAAAAUAACCGUGUUUAUAACCUAGAUUUUGGCGAAAUCUUCAUAUGAAAACAAAAACCUUGCAUCACUGUUCAUGUAAACGAAUCUAUUGAAAGAAAAAUGGUCAAAAAAGAAACUGUUUUCUACAUGCACGGAUUCUGCUGUAGUUGAAGCUUCAAAUGAUGAAUGAAGUGAUAAUAGAAAAACAGGUAUUUUUUGCGUUCCUACUAUAUAAGAAAGUGUGGCGAAUGGAAGGAGGGCGUAUUUGAGGAAAUACGGCAGUGCAUUGUUAAAGUACCCUGUAUCUCUUAUCUCCCUCAAAAUGAAAUGAAAGAGGCAACUUUCAGUUCUUUGAGCACAGCAAGAGUAUACCAAUAUUACUGACAGAAGUUUAACCGGAAUAACUUUUUUGUAGGUUGAUGACAAAAAAGACGAAGAUGUGGUAGCUGUUUUACUCGAUGAACCAGCGCCGGAAGGUCAGCUUUGAGGUUUCAUUUAUUAAAGGUGCACAUUGGAGCAUAAUUUGAAUGAUUAAAGUUUCUCUCCCAAGGUUUUCAUUCGUGCAACACUGAAACCCUUCCUGGCGCAAUCAGCCUUAAAUCUGGAGUUAAGGUACACAAAAUGUAUUUGAUUUAUCCAUUUCUUAGCUAUAAUCAGUUCCAAAUGAUGUCUUUGCUGACAGCGGCUUUUUAAGGUGGCGUAAUUCCUUGAUGUGAAUUGUUUUUAAAGAUGAUAAUGGCAGUACAGAGAAAAGCACUCAGCGAUGAGGACAUUCGAACCAACCAGCAAUUUGCUAAACUCUUUGAGGACACAAUUAAGGUAAGUCUGAUUUGGCUUUUAACACGCUCUCUGUGUAAAUCUGUCGUGUUAUUAAUGGUUGCCACAGGAAAGUCAGGGAAAUUUAAAAGAAUAAUAUCAUAGGUAACGAAUUUCUCCUUAAUUUUGGCGCGACAUUUCAGCGUUAAUUCAUAAUCUCUCCUGUUAAAUUACAAAAUUGCCAUGGCAACCUUCCGUACGUCUCAGUGCCAAGAUGGCGACGAAGUUUUAAAAUGUUAUGAAUGAAGUUGCCAUGGCAUUAAAAGAUGCUUUAGAAACACUAAACAUAUGAAAGAGCACAUCAAGGAGGAUUCUACAGGGUACUUUGUCGAAAACUUCUGAAAAUUCUCAACUUAAGCCAAAUUUAAGCUCUAAACGUUUGAGAGAGUGGAGUUCUCGAUCAAUACGAUCCGAAUCAACAUGUCAAAAAUCCUCGAGUGCUAACGUCAUUUGUUACCCAUGAUAUUAAUAGGUAAUCAAAUGGGAUACUAGUGAAAUUAUUCCCUAAUUUCACACGUCACCAUUUAAUUACACAUACUAAUUAACACCACGGAAUAUGACUAUGGGUAUGAUUUGGCGGGCAAAUUUGAACCGAGUGUACUGCGCAAUUUCGUAACAGCUAAUAAAAUAAGUCAUAGCGUUCCUAAAACAGUCCCAUAAUGCAAUUCGACGCAUUGCCGACCCAGUUUCACGCUCAACCUCAAAUGGCCGACAAAGGGACCUGGGAAAUAGUCAAAGUCACUAUGAAAGUGUUUCCUCAUUUGUAAAUAUGUUGAGAUUGCUUUAAAUUUUAAAAUUCGGGACAGGGCAAUUCAUGUGACAGUACAUUGAGUUUACAUUUGCACUGCUAAGUCUAAUUGCUUAUCGUAGCUAUGUAAGUGUUUCCUCAUUUGUAAAUAUGUUGAGAUUGCUGUAAAUUUUGUAAUUCGGGACAGGACAAUUUAUGUGAAAUACCGUUUGUUUAGAUUUGCAGUUGGUCAAGUCUAAUCGCUUAGAUUGUCUUUUUUUGACUAUGAUCCCAACAUUUUCCAUGUUUUUCAGAGUUUGUGGUUCAAACUGCGUAACAUGUCACCCUGCUGUCUUUCAAAUAUUCAUUUUGAUAUUGAGAUCCCAGAGGAUGAUAACAUUCAGGUACGCUAGUAAGAAGUUCCUCGUUUGUUUUACUUGCUUUGGAAACUGGAUGAAGUAAGCUUAUUGAGCUUUCCUCGUAGGAAUGGCUGUUUCUUAAUCACGUUCAGUCUCAACCAAUGCAGCGCAACUGAAGCUAAUUUAGCCUGGGUUCCCUUCCCUUAAAGACAUUUGCUAAAAAUCUUCAUUACAGUAGUACCAUGUAAUUCCUUUGUUAUUUUGAAAUCAUUGUGGAGUAGGUGGCUGUGACGGGUGUGGCAGUGUGUGUGGAGGACAAAGAAACAGAAGAAGAAAACACAUCCAAGCAGAAAAGACCUCUUUGCGACAGAUGUAAGUAACCUUCUGCUCAUAGUGAAAGUAUUAAAGUUAGUAGCUUAUUAGUAAACCAGGAUAUCAUCCACUCGGGUGUGGAGGGGGGCUGAAAAAUUCUAUAUACCUCAUUUAAGAUGUUUUGUAUUUUUUGGGUAGUUACUUGCUGUUGCGGACGUAUGCAAUCACCAAAUGGCGUAAUAGAAAACAUUGAAGAGACACUGAACAAUAACCACACCACAAAACAAAAGCAAUUUUCUGCAAUUUGAUUGGCUUAGAGCAGUGGUAUUUCACCUUAAUUUGAAAUACCUACAUGUGAAAAUUACAAACCUUCUAAGGGUAGUACGUGAUAUUUGGCAUAAAUACCACUCUUGAGUGAUAUUUCAAAAUUGUCUCAAAUUUCACUCGCCUAACGGCUCGUGAAAUUACGUAUAACAAUUUUGAAAUAUCACCCAAGAGUGGUAGUUAUGCCAAAUAUCACUACAAAUCAUGCUAUUACCUAUACUAAUCAAAUGGUAAUGAGUGAAAUUAUUCCCUAAUUUCACGAGUAUACCAUUUGAUUAUCUAUUGAUCUCAUGAAUAACGAAUUACGUUAGCAAUCCAGGAUUUUUGACAUGUUUAUCCUGGAUCGUAUCGAUCGAGAACUCCACUCUCUCACACGUUUAGAACUUAAAUUUGGGUUAAGUUGAGAAUUUUCAGAAUUUUCGACAAAAUACCUAUUAGAAUCCUUUUGGAUGAGCUCUCUCGUGUGUUGAGGUUUUUCAAAGCGUCUUUUAAUGCCCUGACAUCUUCAUUCAUAACUUUUGAAAACUUCGUCGCCAUCUUGGCACUGAGACGUACAGAAGGUUACCAUGGCAAUUUUGUAAUUUUACAUGUGAGAUUAUAAAUAAACGCGUCAAAAUUAAGGGAUAAUUCGUCACCUAACGUACUAACUUCGAUAUCCGCAACACCAAGAAACACCCGUUUUUUGCGUAACUUGCUUUUAUGAACUGGGUUUUCCUCAAGAACAGUGCGGGAAAUUUCAUUUUAUAGAAACUUAACACCACCAUAGAAUUUUGCUUAGAGAUUCGAAAGUUGCAGUGACGCCAAAUCAUCUCACCGUAACUUGGUCGAGCAGUAAAAAGUUUCAAUGGGGUAUAUGGCCGAGUGGUGGGGUAGCGUUUUGAUUUGGCUCAUCUAUCGUUAUACUUGAAACCGUCACUGCUUGAUAGCACUUUUCUGAUUGCCUUUAAGCUCAUUCGCGUUCUUCUCAGAACUCUGAUAAUGGCGCCGAGUCUGAUGAUUUACUUUUUCCCAUUGAAGAGGUGGUUGAAACUUCAGCCGUGGAAAAUAUGAAGAACGAGUUGGGUAAUGCGACUUACAUUGUGUUUGUUAAAGGACUUGUUUUCCUCUGUUAUCGUGUUUAUUCUUUGCAUCAUCCCUAAGCCUUAUUUAUACUCUCCUCAUGUUUGUUUUAUAGAUUCAAAAACUAAAAGACGUCUCGCUCAUCCUCUUACCCUGAAAACAAAAGUAAAGGUUAGUAAUUACGCAGAUCAUACAGGAAGUUAAUUUUCUGUUGCUUUACUUAUCUGCAUCGUUCUUUCUUAAUCCUGUCAGACCUAAGAAUAUUCAUCAUCAGAUUAGUCCAUGUAAUAUCAAUGCUUUAAGGUGAUGUUACACGGGACGAUUUGCAACGGCGAUUUUUAUCGCAACACUAUAGUUGCAACAUUGUUGCGACAUUGUUUUGAAGGGUUACAACAUAGUUCCAACUUUGCAACAGUGUUGCGCUAAAAACAGAGUGUGUAACAUCACCUGAAACAGGUUGGUGAAUCUAACCGACUUUUCAACAACUUCUCUCUACUACUACUAUAGGAAACGUAUAGGGACAACAAGUGAGAAUUUGAAUUUUGAUAUUAGGGUUAAAAAGGAUAACCUAAAAAAAGGGCAGAAGCCGGGAAUGCAAAGUACGGGAGGCGGGAGAUCUGGAUCCCCCUGACCUCAUCCCCACAAAUUAUUGGACUUUCAUGCGCCUGCUACGCAGGCUAGAACAUAUAACCCGAGUUCAUCAAUAUUUGUAUUUACAGGUUCCAUAUCGCCCUGCUGUAGAAGUAACAUCAAUGUCGUAUUUACCCAACACACAGAUUGAGCAAUACCUCGGCAACAUCAACUUGUUUUUAAUACGGGAAAGCCACACUGUGCGCGAGGUAACGAAAAUUUUACAUUUGCCUUCCUGUAUUUUUUACCGCGGCCGAACGAGAGAAAUUUACAAAAGCCACGUAAACUGCUUUAGUAGACUACGAGUACCCCUAUUUUUCCUCAGGGAUAGUAGAGCGAGCGAAACGCGACCGCGCGUGAAAAUCUCCCCACGCGAGAAAGGCGAGACUCGCCUUUCUCGCGUGGGGAAAUUUUCACGCGCGCUCACGUUUCGUUCGCUCUAGUCUCCCUGAGGAAAAAUGGGGACGACUCGUAGUCUACUGCUUUAGAGCAAACGUUGUUAUUUUUAUUGUGUAGACUUAAUUACCAGCACUCUGGUGAUUAAUUAAACUGCUGCUAAAAAACUUCUGAGUGUCUGAAAGUUGAAACUGCGCAAUUGUUGGCGCCAUUCACUGCGAUAAAUGGGCCUCGGGUGCAAAGUUAUUUUUUGACAAAAAGAAACUGGUUUUUUUUUUAGAAAAAAUGAAAAGAUAGUUACAUUAAAAACUAUUUUAUUUAUCCUUACCUGUGUGUUUCGCUCGAUUCUCCAUAAAAUAUCAGUGAGUAAAACGAGAAACGCCGCAAAAAGUUGACUCCACUGCACGUGUAAGAUUAUUGCCAAACGUGUGGCAAUUCGAGACUGCAGAGGAGAAGCAAAAAGUUUAUUUUUUUCAUUGAAUGGUCACACCAUAGUCUUAUUACUGACCACUUUCGUCACCUGUUUUUCUUUUAGAAUGGCGGUUUGAAUGUCUUUAUGCAAGCCUUUGUAGCUGAGGCUCAAGCAAUAUUAAGAGCCCAUGUGUUGGCUAUCGGAGGGAAUGCCUUGGUGUCGUACCAGUUAAAUGAGAUAGUUCUACUUGACAACCCUCAUAAACAUCAGGUUGGUUAAGUUUAAUUCUGAUCAAAUUAUAGUGCAUAUGAUUGUCUAUGAAUAACCCGUCUGCAUCCCUCACGGCUUUGGACCGUCGAUACCUCCAUAACAGGCAAACUUUCCUUAAUUUGUUCCUAGAUGGAAAACUAUAGAUCUCCUAAAGGCGUUAAAUACGGACAUCUGUAUAUCAUAUACGAUCGUUUAACUUUGUCACUUUGUUAUCCGUAUUAAGGGAUAAGUUUUCCACGAACAAAAUGUGAUGUUGCACCGUAAAGGGCUCCUAAGUGUGAUGUUACCUUUUCAUGGUGGGGUAACUUACGUGCCUUAAUGACGCUGAGCUAUACAGGGAAGGGAGGGAGGAAGGGAGGGAGGGAGGGAGGGGGGAAGGGCUUAAGCUCCUGGCAGGUCCAACCAAACCGGGCAGGUUACAGGGAAGAGGACAGACUAAAGCUGCACCUAGUCCUCCAGGUUGGGAGCUAACAACCCCACCCCGGAAACAAAAACUUGUUACUGAAACUGCAACGACAAAAUUUGCGCCGUGAAGGGAGUAAAAUGCAUAAAAUAGUUUUUUCAACCAAGUAGAUAAGCCAGAUUGGUCAGUGAAGGGGGAUAGAGGAGCUGUCCUACAAACUCUUGAAACAUCAGGUUCUUAACACCUCCGUGCUGGCCAAUCUACUUAAUCAUCUCAGUUGCUAAAAAACAAAUUUGAAGAAGCUUUCUUGGUUUCCUCAUGUAAGGAACCAUGCGGUAGAGUUUCUUCGCGGCUUAACCGAGAUACUGAAGACGUCAGCCAUUUCCGUUGCUGUUGUAAACACCUCCCGCGAAGCACAGGACUGAUGUCAAUAUUCCGUUAGUAUGUUUUGAAUGUACUCUUCCUCUUAUUCCGGAAUUCGAAUAGCAGGUCAAUCGAACGGAAAUCCCGAAUUGUUCUUACUCCCAGUUUCCACGGUCUCUAGGAACGCCGCUAGGAACGCCUGGGACCCCGACGCCCUUUUGUUUCCUAAAUACGAUGAAAAACGGCUUGAAGAUUAUAGUCUCGCUGCUUUUACAAGCGAGACUAAAAAGCGUCCCGAGUAGAAAGGUCAACCGCCUACCUGAGGUACUCUGGGCGUCACAUAUAAAUGUACGGCAUACAUUUCCUUACAAAACGUGGCGAACCUUUUAUAUGUGAAACAAAAAGUUUGCUCAGAUAGAAGGGUGACCCGCCUAACGGGGGUCACCCCUUUGUCAUGCUAGGGUCACCCUCCUAGCCAGACCAACUUUUCUUCAUGUUAAUACUUUGGCUUGUCCAGCCAAAAUGAGCGUGCGCGGGCCGUGUUGGCUUGGUCAAAGGGGUCAACUUUUUUCUCAUUAAAACGUUCGACUAGGUUGACUUGUCUGAGAGGGUGACCCUACUAACCGGGACACGUUUUCUCCAUUUAAACGAAGCCUAAGAUGACUGUCCCCUCUAAUGUGGUAGGUUGUUGGGGUGGGGACGAGAGUUAAUUACAUAAUGAGUUUUAUAUAAUUAGUGUAAUUAUCUUUGACCGAUUUGUAGGGCCAGUGCUUGCUGAAUGUCAGUGGAGACGCCGUGAAAGUAUUUUACGAAGAAGAUGAAGGUUUAGAUAGCUCAGUACGAGGAUCGCCCCGAAAAAGAACUGUGUCAUACUCCGAAGCCAAUCCACAUACACCAGUACAAUUAGUACGACAGAGGUCAAUAUCUGCUUCAGAAGCUUCUAUGGGUACACUGACAGCUUAUGAUCCGUAUUAUGGGACAGAAAUUUAAGUUCUUGUGCAAGCAUGUUCCAGGUUCCAAGAUCGUGAAUCAGGAGAUCGUGAGUGAACUGAUGCGAAAAACGCGCGGGGCUUGGAGAGAGAGACGCCCCACUGCCAUUGCCAGAUCACGCCCGUCUUACUAUCGUAGAGUCUGGCACUGGCUAUUCUGUUGAUUUCCCUCUUGUAUUCCAGACAGCUUCUUGCAGCCAGAUUAUGCAAGACACGUCAAGUUCUAUGUACUCUCCCUCUCCGGCAGCCGUUUUUGUCUCGUCACGCAACGCUGUUGGGGAGGAGCGUUGCGUGACGAGACACAACCGCUGUUGUGAGAAUCCACCAUACAAACAUCUCAAACUUGGAUACACUUUGUCGGAAUGCACUUUUGGUAUUGAGAGUGACACAAGUAGAAACAUUCAUCCAAACUAUAAACUAGGAAUCCCUGGCAAGUCAGAGUUUUAUGUUUCUGAUUGAAGUAAUAGCAUCACUCACAGUUUUGUUUCAUACAUUAUCUCCGCUGCGAUGAUCUCAUGAUCAAGGUUUUACUCAUGAUGGUUAAGGAGCUAAAGGGUGAUUGAGUUACUGACAACAAGAAACUUUAUUUACGACUGGUAACGACUGUAAUGGCGGCAGCAUGGCGAAUUGGUAGUGAGCAUGAAAGUGAGCUGAAACUGUCGUAACCACUCAAUUUUUGAGUUAAUUUGUAGUGAUGGAUACGAAAAGUUAUCUGAAUAUCAAUGACUUACGGACAAUUUGUUCUAUCACGGUUAUUAUUUGAGGUUUU